AUGAAUGUGCCACAGGAUUUUAAGUUCAGAGCAUUGAAGAAAGUACGAAUCUUUGAUGCUCCUGAUGAACUCCCCAAAGAGCGUUCCAGUCUUCUUGCUGUAUCCAACAAAUAUGGAUUACUGUUUGCUGGCUGUGCAGCUGGACUGCAGAUCUUCGAGACAAAAAACCUUCUAAUGCAGAUUCCAGUGGGGGAUUCUCCUAAUAAAAUAGGUAAGUUUUUUCUCUUUCCUCACCCUCAUCCCCAGCCUUCCUUAAUUUUUAUCUAUAGAGAUGUAUUUUUUAGCAUUAAGCAUAAACUCACUUGUUCUGCUUUGAAUACCCAUCAUAAGCUUUGGGGUGGCAAGUAUCCUUUGCAAAUUAUAGGGCUGGGAUUUUUUUACCUAUUUGGGCUCAUGUAGCAUAGUGGAUAAGGGACAGCUAAACAUCUGGAAGUCUGCAUUCAACUGUUGCCUCAUUCAUUAACUUGGUUGCCCUAAGUAAGUCUCCAUUUUCUUUUUUUCAUUUUUUCCCUUUUGGAUUUUUACAAUUUUAUAUUCAGUCAAACAGCACAAUAUAACAUUGGUCAUAUAUAAGAAAAAGUACCAUCCCCUCUGUGACUUCCCUCAACUUCCCCUUCUGGUUCUUUAAAUAUUUACUGCUUGUUGUUGUUGUUUAGUCGUUUAGUCGUGUCCGACUCUUCGUGACCCCAUGGACCAGGGCACGCCAGGCACUCCUGUCUUCCACUGCCUCCCGCAGUUUGUUCAAACUCAUGCUGUUAGCUUUGAGAACACUAUCCAACCAUCUCGUCCUCUGUCGUCCCCUUCUCCUUGUGCCCUCCAUCUUUCCCAACAUCAGGUUCUUUUCCAGGGAGUCUUCUCUUCUCAUGAGGUGGCCAAAGUAUUGGAGCCUCAGCUUCACGAUCUGUCCUUCCAGUGAGCACUCAGGGCUGAUUUCCUUCAGAAUGGGGAGGUUUGAUCUUCUUGCAGUCCAUGGGACUCACUAGAGUCUCCUCCAGCACCAUAAUUCAAAAGCAUCAAUUCUUCGGCGAUCAGCCUUCUUUAUGGUCCAGCUCUCACUUCCAUACAUCACUACUGGGAAAACCAUGGCUUUAACUAUACGGAACAUUGUUGGCAAGGUGAUGUCUCUGCUUUUUAAGAUGCUGUCUAGGUUUGUCAUUGCUUUUCUCCCAAGAAGCAGGGGUCUUUUAAUUUCGUGGCUGCUGUCACCAUCUGCAGUGAUCAUGGAGCCCAAGAAAGUAAAAUCUCUCACUGCCUCCAUUUCUUCCCCUUCUAUUUGCCAGGAGGUGAUGGGACCAGUGGCCGUGAUCUUCGUUUUUUUGCUGUUGAGCUUCAGACCAUAUUUUGCGCUCUCCUCUUUCACCCUCAUUAAAAGGUUCUUUAAUUCCUCCUCACUUUCUGCCCUCAAUGUUCUGUCAUCUGCAUAUCUGAGGUUGUUGAUAUUUCUUCCGGCAAUCUUAAUUCUGGCUAGGGAUUCAUCCAGCCCAGCCUUUCGCAUGAUGAAUUCUGCAUAUACCGGUAAGUUAAAUAAGCAGGGAGACAAUAUACAGCCUUGUCGUACUCCUUUCCCAAUUUUGAACCAAUCAGUUGUUCCAUAUCCAGUUCUAACUGUAGCUUCUUGUCCCACAUAGAGAUUUCUCGGGAGACAGAUGAGGUGAUCAGGCACUCCCAUUUCUUUAAGAACUUGCCAUAGUUUGCUGUGGUCGACACAGUCAAAGGCUUUUACAUAGUCAAUGAAGCAGAAGUAGAUGUCUUUCUGGAACUCUCUAGCUUUCUCCAUAAUCCAGUGCAUGUUUGCAAUUUGGUCUCUGGUUCCUCUGCCUCUUCUAAAUCCAGCUUGCACUUCUGGGAGUUCUUGGUCCACAUACUGCUUGAGCCUACCUUGUAGAAUUUUAAGCAUAACCUUGCUAGCGUGUGCAAUGAGUGCAAUUGUGCGGUAGUUGGAGCAUUCUUUGGCACUGCCCUUCUUUGGGAUUGGGAUGUAGACUGAUCUUCUCAAUCCUCUGGCCACUGGCCACGGCAAGGCAGUGAUCCCCCUUCAUGGAUCACUGCCUUGCCGUGGCGAAGAGGCUUGAAUAACUCACAGAAGCUAUGAACUAUGCCGAGCAGGGCACCCAAGAUGGACAGGUCAUAGUGGAGAGUUUUGACCAAACGUGAUCCUGGAGCAGGAACCGGCAAACCACUCCAGUAUCCCUGCCAAGAAAACUCCAUGGACAAAGACAACAGGCAUUUACUGCUACUAAUUGUUAUCUUAUUUUUAUAAUUUUAUACCUUAAUACUCUUAUUUUCUUAUCAGUUUUAUACCAAAUUUUCCUUCAUGAUUACAUCUUACAGUCAAUUUCAUUCCAUGUUGUCCUUACUUAACCUUUGAUCUUUUCUUACUUGUAAGUGUUUAAUCAAACACUGCUAGUGAGUCCGUAUCUUUACAGUAUUUCUGUAAAUACAACACAAAAGGUUCCCAGUCUUUUUAAAAUUCUGCAUUAUCAUUGUCUCUUAUUCUUUCCAUUAGUUUCGCCAUUUCUGCAUAUUCCAUAAGGUUGACUUGCCAUUCUUCUUUCAUUGGUAUCUUGUCGUCCUUCCAUUUUUGGGCUAGUAGUAUCCAAGCCGCCGUUGUAGCAUACAUAAACAACUUCUUCUGCUUUUUUGGUAGUUCCUGUCCUAUUAUACCCAACAGAAAAGCUUCUGGUUUUUUAACAAAGCUUAUUUUAAACAUCUUCUUCAGUUCAUUAUGUAUCAUUUGUGUCAGGGAACUGCCAUCAGUGCCGGAGGGAGAGAGCAAAACCCAGAGGGAUUCCAGAGAGCGUCCAGGGAUCGGGAGAAGCAGCCCAUCUUCUGGGGAAGAGAAUCAGCGUAGCACCAGUGGAGAAGGGGGGGCAGAUGGGGAAGUGGCGGCGGUCCCAUGACUCCUUGCCUGGGACCAGCGGGGAGAGUAGGGGUCCUCCGUUGCCCACGCCCUCCCUGCGCAGAAGGCUUUGCGCAGAGAGAGUAGGAGGAGACUAGGCGUCAAAGAGCUUCUUUGCUGGAAGAAGUUUAAGAAACGCCCACUGACGGAUUCUGCCAGCGAUUGAGUCAGCCACGGGUGAGUGGCUGUCCGGACAGAAAAGGUUCACUUUGGCAACCCAGCCAGGUGUUUGCAUCCAGCUGGGGAGAUAAGCACCGGCUUACGCACGAGCAACCCCUAGAGUCAUUACAGCAAUCCGUCAGUCCCUGACGUUGCUUGUGCGCAGCCCCGGGGAGGCAGCACGAUGAGCCAAACAGGGCCGGCUGGAGAGAAAGAGCAAGAAGCCAUGGUGCGAGGUCUGGUCAAGAGGAACCGAGACCUGGAGGCACAUGUCGCUACCCUGUCAGCGCGGCUGGAGGAGAGGUGGGCUCAGGAUGCACAGGUCAGAGCCACCCCGAUAGGGAGGAAGGUCCCGGGGCUGGUAAACAAGUUUGGUGGAAAGCCCCAAGACUACAAUGCUUUCUGAACAGAAAUUCAAUACGCUUUGGAAUUGCAGAAAAAUGACUUUGCUGAUGACGGGGAGAGGGUGGCUUACAUUGUUGGACAUCUGCAGGAUGGGGCGCGCGAAUGGAUCAGGCCCUUAAUGGCAACGGGGAAUGAUGCAUUGAAAGAUCUUAAGAAAUUCUACUAGGCAAUGGACGCGAUGUUCUCCAGCGCGGUUGAGCAAAGCGUGACACGGAGGGAGCUGAUGGGGUGCAAGCAGGGGAGCCUGUCCGUCAGAAACUACUGGUCGCGUUUUGCGAUGUUAGUCCACAAGCUUGGGUGGGAUCUGGACUCUGAACCAGUACAAAUGCUGUUUGAGGCAGGUUUGGACCCCGAAGUGAAAGACAAGUCCAGAGCGCCCCGCCCGCGGUCGAUGGAUGAACUCACCAAGACUGUUCUUGCGAUCGGUGUACGCCAGGAAGCGCGGGCUCAGGAGAAGCGGGAGAUAAGGGCGGAAUGUUUCCAUGGCAACUGCAUUCCUGAGAUGCUGAGGGAGCCUUCCCAGGCGGCAGAAUCGAUGGAAAUUGAUGGAGCGCGCGCAAAGUUUCAAACACUAGUGAAGGCUGGAAAAGGAAGGGGAAGGAGUGGAAAACUACCAAGAAGUGUUUCCUCUGUCAGCGGCCAGGACAUUUUGCAAAGGUCUGUCCUCAACGAAAGGCCUGGCAAGGCAUGAUGGGGGCUGCAGGCCAUGACGAGAAGGGGGAGGAAGGGCCGGUGCAGGGAAACGAGAAAGCCUGGCUGCCAACCAGCAGGGGCAGCAGCCAGGCCAGCAACCAAUAGAAGUGCCCCAGCCUGACCCUCCCAAGGCAGCUAUAGCCAUAGAAGUGGUGCUAGAACUCCCAAAUGGGCACCCAGUCAAAGUGGAGGGGCUGCUGGAUUCUGGCAGCUCGUGUAAUUUCUUCAGCAGAGACUUCACUCUGGAGACCAGCUCCACCUCUUGCCACUAGAUUUUCCCUUGCAGGUGACCACCAUCGAUGGCAGGGAACUACUGGGAGGGGAAGUGACACACCAGACACUGCCAAUGCAGAUGAGUGUUUCCAGGCACACGGAAACCAUUGCCUUUCACGUGGCCACGCUGGCAGGACCCCCAAUAAUAGUGGGAAUGAGCUGGCUGGCAAUACAUGACCCAGUGGUGUCAUGGCAUCAGCGGUCGCUCACCUUUGGGUCAGCUUACUGCUUAGAACACUGUCUGGGAGGGAAGGAACCAAUAAUGACUGUGGCUGGGGUGGCCCUGGAGGAAAAAGGGCAGGUGCCACCACAAUAUGCUGAUUUGAAGGAGGUCUUCAGCGAGAGGGAGGCAGACAGACUGCCCCCCCACAGGCCAUUUGACUGCCAAAUCAACCUGCUUCCAGGGGCUCAGUUACCGGUGGGUAAGCUGUAUGCCAUGUCCGACCGGGAGAUGCAGGAGUUGAGGCAGUUUAUUGACAAGAACCUGAAGAGAGGUUUCAUAAGGGAAUCAAAGGCGGGGGGGGGGGGGGAGUCCAGUGUUCUUUGUGGACAAAAAAGAGACUAACCAGCCCAGAUUAGUCGUGGAUUACAGGGCCGUAAACCUGGUGUCAGAACCCGUGACUUUCCCAAUGCCCAGGAUUGACGAUAUUUUGACACGUGUGAGGCAGGGGAAGAUUUUUACCAAGCUGGACCUCAGGGGAACAUACAAUCUGAUUAGGAUAAGGGAGGGGGACGAAUGGAAAAUGACCAUGUUCACCCCCCGGGGGCUUUUGAGUACUUUGUUAUGCCAUUUGGAUUACAAUCGGGGUCUGCCUGCUUUCAAGCCUUCAUGCACCAUGUGUUGGGGCCCCUGCUGUACAAGAAUUGCGAAGCCUUUUUGGAUGACGUCUUAAUCUAUUCGGACAAUGAAUUGCAACACGUCAGAGACGUCAGGGAGGUGCUACAGAGAUUGAAGAAGCAUCAGUUGUGGGUCAAGCUGGAAAAAUGCCAAUUCCACCCCAGGGAGGUCGAGUUCCUGGGGUACAGGUUGUCAGACAAAGGACUGGCCAUGGAUCCAGGCAAGGUGAAGGCAGUGCUGGAAUGGAAGGCCCCCCAAAACAGAAAGGAUGUGCAGACUUCCGGGUUGGCGCCUCUGGCAAUGGCGGAUUUCCUCCAAUCGGGAGGAAUCCGCUCUGUGGAAAACAGGGUCUGAACCGCCACGGCGAGGCGGAGACCCAUCAAAAACCACAGGCGGGAGAUGCCUGUGGAUGUGGGAUUCGGCUGGCACCUUUGUGCCCCCCCCUACUCGCGGGGAAACCCGGUUUUCGGGGAUCCGGAGCGACGUGGGGUGAGUGGCGCGGUGCUUUGAAUCGACUGCUUCUUUCACGGAGUGAAGCCGCAUUGCUGUUGCCGGAGAGCGCUGGCUUUUUCCUGUGGACAAUUGGAUUUUAAACAACUGCCCGUGAGUAGAACGGAAAAUUGGAUUAAGAAAUUUUUUAAUUUGGCACUGAAACGGGAAGGUCUAAACAGGAAGUCCGCCUUCCGCUUUUUGUAGAUAGGUUGAAGCAAAGACACGGCAAGCUAAAGUUUAGAAAGUCGUCUGUAAAGGACCAAAAUUUCAUCAUUUAAAAUUAUUGAACCCCCCUUGGAAGCAGGAGAAGAGGGGGAAACCUUUUUUAGACUGUUUAAACCUGCAGAAGAGAGAGUAAAGAAAGGCAAUUUUCCACCGUCUUGAACCUGGGAGCGGGGUGUCAGGACAGACGUUCUGGGGAAGUUCAUUGAUUAUGGACAAACGUUUUUGACAGAUAGUUAAAAAAGAGAAACAUAUUGACUCCAUUGUUCCCCUUCGCAUGUAAAAGGAACAAAAUUUUGACAAAAUAUCCGAAAAAGGAAAACUUUGUUGCUAGAUCUUUUUUUUUUUUUUUUUAAAAAAAGGAUGGAUACAAAAAGAAAUUGUUUCCCCUAGAGGGAGCUUGUGAAACUGUUAUUAAAACCAAACUGGGGAGCUUUGCAGCUGUAAAAGAUUAAGAUCGUGGGACCAGACUUCGACCUUGAACAAGAAUGUACUCGGAGGCUCUGGUGCUUGCCUUUUGCAAGACAAGUGCUUUAUUGGAACAGUUACAUGAGAAGAUGGAUUUGAUGACUGUUGCGAUCGGAAAUUUUAGACAGACAGUGGGUACCUAUAUAGAACCCACUCAGGAAUUAAUCCAGGAAUGUGCUUUGACAGAUGAGAUGAAGGAGGAGGCUGUUGCUGGACCCCGGGUGGCAGAGAUGGAGGGAGCUGUGGCCCAGCAGGAACAUGAGUUGUUGGAUUUGACGAAUGAACCUGGAAAAGUCAGAUUUGGAGAGAAGGAGUUCUGUUUGGCUUGGAGAUGGGGGGCUGGAUGGACCCCCCUAUGCAGGGAUGUUUUGAUUUUUCAAGUCUGGCUUUGGGCUGGGGGGAGCUCGGAGUUGUGGGGGCCCUUAACUUUGGAGGGGCCUUGAAACAUGCCUUCAAACACCACGUGGAUUUCGGUGUUGACUAUGGAAAAGGGUCUGACUUGUCGAGAAGGGCCAAAAAUAUAGUCAAGCUGGAGUCUCCCCGAGUGAAAGGAGCAGAAGACAAAGUAAAGUACAGGUAUAAAUAUGAAGAAGACCUGCGGAAGGGACAUGGAAGAGACUUAAGAGCCUCGGACAUAAGGUCACCAGGUUGAUGGACUGGAUGGAUGGGAUAGAAAGGACUGACAAAACCCGAGACCAGGAAGAAGAGACAAUGGAUGAAGAUUGGAAGAAAGUUUUAAAAAUUCAUUUAGAAAAGUAUUGUAAAAUUAAUGAGUAUUAGAAAAAUGUUGGAAUGAAAUUAUUGGGCUUUAGCAGAAAUGUUAAAAGAAUUAUGUAAGAAUAUGUAAUGGUUAAGAGAAUUUGGUAUAAAUAAGAUUUAAGUUUUAAGUUUUAGGACUUUUUAUGGUAAGAUAAGGUUAAAAUAGAUUAAGGUAAUUUAAUGACAGAAUAUUGUGAAAGAUGGAAAGGAUUUGCUGAGAUAAUUAAUAACUAGAAUACAAAAAAGGGAGGUGUGAGGAGGUCGAUGAAAUAAGGUAAUGACAGUUAAGGAUUUGGGAAUAUUGGAUUUGUUUUUAAAGUUUUUGUUUAUUUUUGCUUUUUGAUUUUGAUGUAUUGUGUGUUUUGUUUUUUGUUUUUGACUUUGGUUUUUAUUGAUUUGUAUUGUUUAAUUGUUACUUUUAUCUACUUUUUUCUUUCCUUUUUUUUCCUCUUGGUUUUUCCUUCUGAUUUCUUUGUAACCUUAAAAUUCUCAAUAAAUAUCAUUUUAAAAAAAAACAACAGAAAGGAUGUUCAGAGGUUCCUAGGCUUCAGCAACUUCUACAGGAAGUUCAUAAAGAACUUCGCUCACUUGACAGCGCCCAUAAUGGAUUGUCUUAGUUGCAUAAAGAAGUUCGCAUGGACAGAGGAUGCGCAGCAAUCCUUUGAAAAACUGAAGAAGGCGUUCGCCGCGGAAGAGCAGCUCCUGCACGUGGAUCCGGAGAAGCCCAUGAGACUGGAGACGGACGCGUCCGACUGCGCGAUUGGAGCGGUACUUUUGCAACCCGGGUCCAAGGAGAACUGGAGACAGUGUGCCUUUUUCUCUAGGAAGCUGAGCAAGUCGGAGCAAAACUACACGGUGUAUGACCGAUAACUGCUUGCGAUCUAUGCGGCAUUUCGGCAAUGGAGACAUCUUUUGAUAGGGGCGCAGCACAAGAUCCAGGUCCGAACUGACCACAAGAACUUGGAAUACUGGCGGACCGCGCGAGUGCUCAACCAGAGACAGAUCAGAUGGUCUCAGGAGUUCGCCAAGUUUUUCUUCGAGAUACGAUAUGUGCCGGGAGGGGAAAACGUGAGGGCAGAUGCUCUCUCUCAGAAACCGGAGUACAUGGAAGGAGAGAGGCCACCAGAGACCAGGAACGUGUUCCCCGAGGACCGGUGGGUGUGUGGAGGAGCGUUGGUAGGGAAAUGAGAACUAGCAGGGCUCUCCAGAGACGAUGAGUUUGCUCAGACGAAAAUCAGGGAGCUCAGGGACGGAAAGUAAGACAAUGGAGGGUUUGAGGAAAAGGAAGGGCUACUGUACUACAAGGGGGCGCUGUAUGUAUCAGGAGAGACUUUGAGGGGGAAGGUACUUAGACAGCUCCAUGACAACCCAACAGCUGGGCACUUUGGACAGCACAAGACCAUGCUACUUGUCACCAGGCAGUUCUGGUGGCCAAAGGUGAGGGAAGACGUAAGAGAAUAUGUACGAGGGUGCGACCGAUGCCAGAGGGCAAAGGGGGAAAGGGCCGCCCCCGCGGGGCUACUGGAACCCUUGCCUACACUGGAAAGGCCCUGGGAGGUGGUGUCCAUUGAUUUUAUGACAGAUCUGCCCAAGUCAAGGGGAAAAACAGCGGUCAUGGUAGUGGUCGAUCUACUGACUAAAAUGUGCCAUUUCGUAGCUUGCUCGCAUGCAGUAUCGGCAGAGGAGACAGCCAGGCUGUUUGUGGAUCACAUUUUUAGACUGCAUGGGGCCCCACUGAGGAUAAUCUCGGAUCGCGGGAAACAAUUUACCUCCCGGUUCUGGCGGAGUCUCAUGAGCUUGCUACAGGUCGAGGUGAGCUUCUCGACGGCGAGGCACCCAGAAACCAAUGGACAGGCCGAAAGAGCGAACGGCAUACUCCAGCAGUACCUGUGCUGCUAUGUCAGCGAGAGGCAGAACGAUUGGGUAGAGAAACUAGCUUUGGCUGAAUUUGCGUACAAUAACGCUGAACACGUGUCCACGGGAAUGAGCCCUUUCAUGGCCAAUUACAAGUGUCACCCUAGGGCCUUCCCGGGGCGGGGGGAGGAAGGAUGGAGUGUACCGGCGGCUGAGCAAUUUGUGGAGGAAAUGGAGGCCUUACACCAGCAACUCAGGCUGAACUUGGAGCGGGCCAAGGAAGUUUACAAGAGGCAGGCAGACAGGCACCGUCGGGAGGGGGGGAGGCCAUACGGGUGGGAGACCGGGUGUGGUUGUCAUCCCAAGGGUUGCCCCUAACGGGGGGGUGCCCGACGUUGCAGCCUAGGCGGCUGGGGCCGUUUGAGGUAAUACAGCAGGUUAACCCAGUGGCAUUUAAACUCAAGUUGCCUGACAGCAUGAAGAUACAUCCGGUGUUCCAUAGGUCCCUACUUUCACAUUACAGGGAGAGGCGGGAAUUCCCAGGACGGGAGGGAGGGGUUACCACCCACCCGCGGGUAGAGGAGAGGGAACACUGUAACGAAGCUACGGAAAUACUCGAUUCGAGGUGGCAAGGUCGCCAGGUAGAGUACUUGGUAGCCUGGGAGGGGGAACCUAGGUCUGAAAACACUUGGGUCCCUGCAGAAUCAAUCACUGACGCGUAUCUGGUGGAAGAGUUUCAUGGUUUGUUCCCGGGUAAGCCCAAACCAUUUGCUAGAUUCUGGGAGGAACAAUUUGGACCCACAGACGACGAAAGGGACUUUGUAGGUUUUCCUGCCUCCGAAGAGGAGGGAGGGGAGGUGUCCGAGGGAGCAUAAGGUCAAACAGAUUCCUCACUGGCCUUGCAGACAACUUCAUUGUCCAGAAAGUGGGAGAAGCAACAAGAGGAACAGCCAUUUUAGAUCUGGUCCUAACCAAUGUUGAUGACUUGGUUAGUGGGGUAGAAGUGGAAGGAUCAUUAGGCGCGAGUGAUCAUGCUCUUCUGAAGUUUACUAUACAGUGGAAAGGAGCAGCCAAGCAUACUAGGACUCAAUUUCUUGACUUUAAGAAAGCCGACUUCAUAAGACUUAGGGAAGUGCUGGGUGAGUUCCCAUGGACAGUAAUACUAAAAGGAAAGGGAGUUCAUGAUGGCUGGGAGUUUGUUAAGAGGGAGAUACUAAAAGCACAACGUCAGGCAAUACCAAUGAGACAGAAACAUGGAAGGUGCCUAAAGAAGCCAUGGUGGCUAGCUAAAGAACUUUUAACUGAGUUAAGAUUAAAAAGGAUGUGUACAAAAAAUGGAAAGGGGAAACCACCAAGAGGAAUUCAAACAAAUAGCCAGCACGUGCAGACACAAAGUUAGAAAAGCUAAAGCACAGAAUGAACUCAGGCUUGCUAGAGAGGUUAAAAGCAACAAAAAAGGCUUUUAUGGGUAUGUCCGUAGCAAAAGGAAGAACAAAGAAACAGUGGGGUCACUCAGAGGAGAAGAUGGUGAAAUGCAAACAGGGGACACAGAAAGAGCUGAACUCCUCAAUGCCUUCUUUGCCUCAGUCUUCUCCGAUAAAGAAAACAAUGCCCGACCUGAAGAAUUUGGAGCAAAUGAUUCAGCAGAGGAAACACAGCCCAGAAUAACUAAGGAGAUAGUACAAGAAUACUUGGCUAGUUUAGAUGUAUUCAAGUCUCCAGGGCCAGAUGAACUGCAUCCAAGAGUAUUAAAAGAACUGGCAGAUGUGAUCUCAGAACCACUGGCAGUCAUCUUUGAGAAUUCCUGGAGAACAGGCGAAGUCCCGGCAGACUGGAGGAGGGCAAAUGUUGUCCCUAUUUUCAAAAAGGGGAAAAGAGAGGACCCAAAUAAUUACCGCCCAGUCAGUCUGACAUCAAUACCAGGGAAGAUUCUGGAGCAGAUCAUUAAGCAAACAGUCUGUGAGCACCUAGAAAGGAAUGCUGUGAUCACCAAUAGUCAGCAUGGAUUUCUGAAAAGAAGUCAUGUCAGACUAACCUGAUCUCGUUUUUGACAGAAUUACAAGCCUGGUAGAUGAAGGGAACGCAGUGGAUGCUAGCCUACCUUGAUUUCAGCAAGGCAUUUGACAAGGUGCCUCAUGAUAUUCUUGUAAAGAAGCUGGUAAAAUGUGGUCUUGACUAUGCUACCACUCAGUGGAUUUGUAACUGGCUGACUGACCGAACCCAAAGGGUGCUCAUCAAUGGUUCCUCUUCAUCCUGGAGAAGAGUGACUAGUGGGGUGCCACAGGGUUCUGUCUUGGGCCCAGUCUUAUUCAACAUCUUUAUCAACGACUUGGAUGAUGGACUCAAGGGCAUCCUGAUCAAAUUUGCAGAUGACACCAAAUUGGGAGGGUGGCUAACACCCCAGAGGACAGGAUCACACUUCAAAACGACCUUGACAGAUUAGAGAACUGGGCCAAAACAAACAAGAUGAAUUUUAACAGGGAGAAAUGUAAAGUAUUGCACUUGGGCAAAAAAAUGAGAGGCACAAAUACAAGAUGGGGACACCUGGCUUGAGAGCAGUACAUGUGAAAAGGAUCUAGGAGUCUUGGUUGACCACAAACUUGACAUGAGCCAACAGUGUGACGCGGCAGCUAAAAAAGCCAAUGCAAUUCUGGGCUGCAUCAAUAGGAGUAUAGCAUCUAGAUCAAGGAAGUAAUAGUGCCACUGUAUUCUGCUCUGGUCAGACCUCACCUGGAGUACUGUGUCCAGUUCUGGGCACCACAGUUCAAGAAGGACAUUGACAAACUGGAACGUGUCCAGAGGAGGGCAACCAAAAUGGUCAAAGGCCUGGAAACGAUGCCUUAUGAGGAACGGCUAAGAGAGCUGGGCAUGUUUAGCCUGGAGAAGAGGAGGUUAAGGGGUGAUAUGAUAGCCAUGUUCAAAUAUAUAAAAGGAUGUCACAUAGAGGAGGGAGAAAGGUUGUUUUCUGCUGCUCCAGAGAAGCGGACACGGAGCAAUGGAUCCAAACUACAAGAAAGAAGAUUCCACCUAAACAUUAGGAAGAACUUCCUGACAGUAAGAGCUGUUCGACAGUGGAAUUUGCUGCCAAGGAGUGUGGUGGAGUCUCCUUCUUUGGAGGUCUUUAAGCAGAGGCUUGACAACCAUAUGUCAGGAGUGCUCUGAUGGUGUUUCCUGCUUGGCAGGGGGUUGGACUCGAUGGCCCUUGUGGUCUCUUCCAACUCUAUGAUUCUAUGAUUCUAUGGAGAAGAAUCAGACUGGGAGCUGGAAGAGAUCCGAGCGGAUGGGAGGCUGGUUUUGAAUCCUCAGAAGAUGAUGACAGUUCUUUCAGGGGAUUCCCCGCAUCGUCUGUCGAGGAGAGAGAGGAGGAUGUAUCGGAAGAUCGUGCCAGGGGUGGGGGUGGGGGUCCUGAGGAGGAGGUGGAUGUCAGGGAACUGCCAUCAGUGCCGGAGGGAUAGAGCAAAAGCCAGAGGGAUUCCAGAGAGCGUCCAGGGAUCGGGAGAAGCAGCCCAUCUUCUGGGGAAGAGAAUCAGCGUAGUACCAGUGGAGAAGGGGGGCAGAUGGGGGAAGCGGCGAGGCGGUCCCAUGACUCCUUGCCUGGGACCAGCGGGGAGAGUAGGGGUCCUCCGCUGCCUACGCCCUCCUUGCGCAGAAGGCUUUCGCGCAGAGAGAGUAGGAGGAGACUAGGCGUCAAAGAGCUUCUUUGCUGGAAGAAGUUUAAGAAACGCCCACUGACGGAUUCUGCCAGCGAUUGAGACAGCCACAGGUGAGUGGCUGUCCGGACAGAAAAGGUUCACUUUGGCAACCCAGCCAGGUGUUUGCACCCAGCCGGGGAGAUAAGCACCGGCUUACGCACGAGCAACCCCUAGAACCAUUACAAUUUGCCAAUAACUUUUAAUUACUUUACAAUUCCACCACAUGUGGUAAAGCGUACCUUCUUUCUCUUUACACUUCCAGCACUUAUUAGCACUUGUUCUAUACAUUUUUGCCAGUUUGACAGGAGUUAAAUACCAUUGGUACAUCAUUUUCAUAUAAUUCUCUUUCAAAGUUGUAUAUGCGGUGAAUUUUAAAUCAACUUUCCAUAAUUUUUCCCAGUCUUUCAUUUGUAAGUUAUAUCCUACACCUUGUGCCCGUUUAAUCAUUACACAUUUAACCUCUUCAUCUUUGGUUUCCCAUUUUAAUAAUAAAUUAUACAUCUUCUUCAAUAAUUUGGUAUUAUCCUCUACAAUUUCUCUUUGAAAUCUAGAUAAAUUAUAAUUAAAUCCUUUCUUUUUAUCUUCUUUGAAGACCUCAUUUACUUGAAAAUAUUGUAACCAGUCAUUAACAUGUUCUCUGAUCUCUUCAAAUUCUUUCAUUUUUAAUUUCCCUUCUGUUUCUAUUAAUAGAUCUCUAUUUGUAAGCCAUUUCCCUCUCCUAUUUAUUUUUUUAAUCGAUGUUGCUUCCAUUGGAGACAACCACCAUGGAGUCUUCUGUUCUAAUAAAUCUUUGUACCUUUCCUUUGUACCUUUGUACUUUUAAGAUCUGGAAGGGAAAAACCACCUCUAUCUUUACUGUCUGUAAGUAAUUUAUGUUUUAUUAUUGGUUUUUCCCUUUCCAGAUGAAUUUUGUAAUAUCCAUUUGUCAUUUCUUGAAGCAUGCUGCAUUACCUAUAACCGGUACUGACUGGAAUAAAAAUAACAUUUUUGGCAAUAUGUUCAUAUUGAUCACUUCAUAUUUAUCACUUCCUAACAGUGAUAAAUUCAUUCUUCCCCAUACUUCUAGAUUCCUUUUUAUUUCAUUCCAUUUUUUUUUCAUAAUUAUCUUUAAGCAUGUUAAUAUUUUUGGUUGUCAACCAAACUCCUAAAUAUUUAACUUUUUUAUGAACCUCUGUUUCUAUAUUUUGCUGUAAUUCCCCCCCCCCUUUUUCUGGUACAUUUUUCACUAUCAGCUUUGUCUUAUUUUUGUUCAACUUAAAACCUGCCAGCUGCCCAAAGUUCUGUAUUUUUUCUAAGACUUUCAGCAGAGAGUUCUUAGGGUCCUCCACUGUUACUACAAGAUCAUCUGCAUAUGCUUUUAAUUUAUAUGUUCCCCGUCCCCCACCAUGAUUCCUCUGGGUUUGUUUGUUUUUACCUACUUGGUCUCAUGUAGCAUAGUGGGUAAGGGACAGCUAAACAUCUGGAAGUCUGCAUUCAACUGUUGCCUCAUUCAUUAACUUGGUUGCCCUAAGUAAGCCUGCAUUUUCUAACCUGCCAAACUGGUGCAGGGGAAAUAGCAUUGGCCAACCAUCUACAGUCGUUGUAAUGCUUACUGAGACAAUGUGUGUGAAUCACUGUGAAUACCAGUUGCUGGGAAUCACAAAAGGGGAGAGUGUGUAGUUCCUAGUUUAGCGUUGUCUUAGAAUGCUGGGAUCAGGGGUUUAUUAUGUAUCUCUGUAUUUAUUUUCCUUUACUUAUAUCCUAACCUUCCCAACAGGAGCAUGGCUGGGCGAUGCAGUUUACAAAUACAGCACAACAAUAAAUAACAUUAACAACACAUAAAGUAGUGGCAUUGGCAAGAAGGUAUAUUACAUUCCAAAGGCUUGAGUAAACCAUAAAGGUUUUCACAUUGUGACACAUCCCAUUUGCAAGGGAGUUCUAUAUUCUAUGAGGGUGCCAUUCAGAAUGUCUUGCAUUAACAGUGCCUGCCCGGUAGGGCUGGGCGAUAUAUCAGAGCAUUGCCCCAAACUGGUUUGAAGUCCCGAUCAUGAUAACAGUUUCAGAAUUUUUCACCUGGCAAUAUAUCAUGAAUCCUUGCUCACUCCUUGACUGCCACCAGCACUGCACAUUUCACUCUCGAGUGACACUUGCAAGUCUGUCUGAUGUUCACCCACAGUGAGAGGCCCAAUUCCUCCCUCUGCAGCCCAGCUGCCAGCCUUGGCAGAGGGAACUUGAGAAGGUGCUUGCCUGCCUGUCUGCACCUUCACCCAAGCAAGUGGGCUGCCUCAUCCCUCCCUCCAGAUUAGAACACUAGGGCUGGGCAAUGUAUCAUCCAAAACCAGUUUGAAGUAUAUAUCCAGGAGUCAACAUGUGGCUGCUUCUUCCUUCCUACCUUAUUUGCUCCUUUCUUCUUAUUUCAGACAUUGGUAUAUUGCGAUGUUGAAAACCAGAUAUCGCCCAGCUCUACUGCCCAGCAGGUUGAAAUAACAAGCAGGGCAUCCCCAGCUGAUCUUAACAGACGAAUAGGGCAGUAUUGGAUUAGUUCAGGCCUCUAACUACCUUUUAAAUAAUUUAUUGUUUUUCCCCCUUCCCUGGUGCUCCUCUUCAUUUUUUUUAAGUUGAGAAUGUCCAGAGUCUCUUCGUUCCCACCAAGUUCUUUGUGCAUCACUUGGCACUUAGCUGUGAUAACCUCACACUCUCUGUCUGCAUGGCCUCCAGUGAAGCUGGGUCCUUCAUUGGCUUUUUUGAUGUUCGCACCUUUGUGAAUCAGGUAAGUUGAAUGGUUUAAAAACAAACUUGGAACCCCCCACAACCCUCACUCCAGGGUGUGCUUUGCUAUGAGUUUUGAAACUGGAGAGCUUUAGCAAGCCCUAAUGAAGCAUAACCACACUUAAGGAUUCAGAUGUAAUGCUAUACCAUGGUUAAUUAAAAAUUGGGAGGAACACUACCACAGUGUAGUAUUCAUGUGCGAUAGUAAACUGCGGUUAAUCAAAAAGGGAGCAGAAGACUCCAGUCUCUUCCUUGUGGCUGUGCCGGCAGGGGGGAUGAAGUGUGUGAGGCUGAGGUUCGCUGUGACUCGUAUCCUCUCUAUCUGCCCCUCAAAGCUCUCCCCAGGCCACACUCCUCACCAGCCUUGCUCAGCAUUCUCCUUGAGUGCUUUUUACUGGCUGGAAGUUGUCCAUGAACUGUGAUAAUGACUCUUGCUUGCAUGGCUGAAGAUACAGGGGGCAGCACAUGUAAAAGGCUCUGACUUUUGCAUGGCUGGAAUGUAGCCCACUGUAUAUAUCCAUUACUCUGUGCGCGUUUCCCUCAAGCCAUGCCCACUACUGAUACGUGCCCCCUGGAAUGUUGUCCAUAAUGGAAUGUGGCCCCUGUAUAAAAAGGUCCUCCAGUCCUACAAUAAUCUGUAGCUCAUCAUUACUUCUGAACUCUACCACUGAUAGGAGCUUAGGCUAGUGAAAACAUCUCUUUCCUUCCGGUCUUGGAGAGUAUGGUAUAGAGUAUGUAUUUUAGUGUUUUGUUGGGCACGGUAUAAAUAAUAAAUUAUUAUUAUUAUUAUUAUUAUUAUUAUUAUACUGAGCUUGGUGGGCCAGUGAUUUGACUCUACUGAAGGCAGGUGUCUUUGCUCAUAUGGAUACGAUCUAACAAACGUCCAUUUCCUUCUAAUAGGCUAAGCAGCAAAAACGCCCCUUUGCCUAUCAGAAGAUGGCUGGGGCGAUGGUCAUUGACCUGAAAUGGAACCCAGUGAAUGCCUCCAUGCUGGCCGUCUGUCUGUCUGAUGGAAGCCUCUCUGUCCUGCAGGUGGCAGAUUCCAUGAAGAUCUAUGCAACUCUCCCUGCUUCAGUGGCUGUUACAUCAGGUUAGUAGCAUGACUUUUAGACUGAUGCAAAAAUCCCUGUUAUAAAUCAGCUGAAUUGGAGUUCCGAUUUACAUAUAUUUUAGAGGUACAGCUCAAAGUAAGCCUGAUUGCACCAUAUGGACUAUUGCAAACAAGGGUAUCUCAUAAGGAACCUUUGGCCCUCCCAAUGUUGCUGAACUCCAACUACCACCCACCCCUGGCCAUUGGCUGUGCUUGCUAGGCUGAUGGGAGCUGCUGUUCAGCAGCAUCUAGAGGGCCAACAUUUCCCCUCUCCUACUCUAGGGUAUGCUCUCCUGAGACCAUCGUUGGCUGCACCUUCAUGUUGAAUGGACAUUCUAUUGCAUUCCAAAUUUGAGAUUGUCGUGUUUGAAUAACACUUGUGAGGGCAAUUUAAGCCAUUUGCCAAAUUGCACUGGUUGGUUUUGUUGUUGCUAUUUCCUUUGCAACUGCUUAAUGAUGCCUGCUUGCUUUUCUCUCCCCCCCCCCCCCCCCUUUAGUGUGUUGGAGUCCUAAAGGAAAGCAGCUGGCUGUAGGCAAGCAGAAUGGCACAGUGGUCCAGUAUCUGCCUGUAAGUCUGUUUUGUUCUAUUUGGCCUAUAAUGAUCUGCCUCCUCCUGCUUCUCCCUCUUGGUUCUUUCCUGUUUUGUUCUCCCAAUUCACAGUUCAGAAGAUGGAGUCUUAAGCAUAAGGGUAGCAGAAGUACAUGUCUGGGAAUGGCUGUAGUCUAGAGCUUGAGCAUCCAUUUUGCAUGCACUAGUCCCCAGGUUCAGUCACCGGCACUGUCAGGUAGAAUGAGAAUUUUGAUUUUGUAUAAUAAACUAGUAUGUUCAUGUCUUCACACUCCUCUCUAUUCACCAUCCAGGCAAUCAAGAAGUUUAGGAGCACAAGGCUGCAUAUGCACCAUACAUUUAAAACACAUGAUUUCUUCCCCCCUUCCCCAAGGAAUCAUGGGAACUGUGGUUCUGUUGGGGUAAACUAUGGUUCUAAGGAUUCUUAGCGAUAAGCCAUGUGCUAUGAAUGCAUGGCUGUGCACCUAGCCAGGCAAAAACACAAAGGGGGAAAGAGGGCUAGUAAGGGGUGUGGCUUGAGGUGAACCCUGAGGACAAAAUAGAGGCUUGGAGGACUGCAUUUGAUCCCUGGGCCUAAGAUUAAUCAAUUUUCUUUCAUUUUAUUUGUUUGCUGCUCUUCUACAAAAAAAUCAUGCUCAAAGCAGCUUACAACAAAGAAACAGGAAUGCAUUUCGAACGAACACUACUAAAACCUUCAUAAUAACACAGCACAACGAAAAUAUAUCAUACCAAAACCCCACAUUUCAGUACUAUAAAUAUAACAAGAUUACUUAAGCACCAUGCAGCAUGCAAUAGCAAAAACAAGGAAGCAUCAUAGUUUCACCUUAGUCCUAGAAGCACCACUCCUAUGAUGUUGCUUACAGUCCCUCUCCUGUAGCAGCAGCUUAUAAGGCUUCCAAGGGCAAAGGAUGGGAUUGCUGGAAACACCUCUCCCAUGAUGAUGUUCAUCUCUGAUAUAAGUGAGUUGGGCCCAUGCCCAUAAUUAAGCGGGAGGUUAAGAGUGCCCACAUUUGACUGCCAACAAUCUCUCCUUAGAGGGAACUUUGGCUACAAAAUGCCUGUGCCUGAAAUCUUGGAGCAUUGUUCCCAUUGAGAGCAGAUUAGGGAUAGGGAACUCAUAGCCCUCCAGCUGUUGUUGUAUUCCAUGGGUAGGCAAACUAAGGCCCGGGGGCCGGAUCUGGCCCAAUCGCCUUCUCAAUCCAGCCUGCGGACGGUUCGGGGAUCAGCAUGUUUUUACAUGAGUAGAAUGUGUGCUUUUAUUUAAAAUGCAUCUCUGGGUUAUUUCUGGGGCAUAGGAAUUUGUUCAUUUCCCCCAAAAAAAUAUAGUCUGGCCCCCCACAAGGUCUGAGGGACAGUGGACCGGCCCCUUGCUGAAAAGGUUUGCUGACCCCUGUUGUAUUCCAUCUCCCAUCAGCUCCAUCUAGCAUGGCCAAUGGUCAGGGGAUACUGGGAGUUGUAGUCCAAGAACAUCUGGAGGGCUUCAGGUUCAUCACCCACAGAGCAGACAGUACUCAGUGAAAUGUACCAUGUCAUCAGAUCACUGAACCAUGGUAGCUUCAGAUGAAACACUUUGGACAUUUUUUUUUAAAGUUCUUGUGUAAAUUCAGAGUGUUUGUGUUUUAUUAUUGCAUGUGUGAUAUGAAGUGUUGCAUUGUAGAUAGAAUACUUUGAAGAAACAAACCCCCCAUAUGAUUAAACUUAGGGUAUUCUAAUCACUCUCAUUCUUCUAUUUUUUCAGAACCUGCAGGAGAAGAAAACAAUUCCCUGUCCUCCAUUCUAUGAUUCAGAUAAUCCUGUCAAAGGUACUGUGUUUCCUAAAAUUUGGCGUUUUGACCGGUUGGUAUUACAGUAGUACAGAUGGAUCAUGUAAUCACAGUGUUUCACUUACGUGCCUAGAAUUUGCCCAUCCAUGAAAUCCAGGCAUAUUGUGGAAUGUGAGAUGCUUGUUUUUGACUAGUCGUUGAAAAAUAAAUCUGGCAGGUGUUUUGCUCAAAAUACUAAGUAGUAUUUUAUACCAAUCCCAUUUACAGUAUGGAUUAAUAUUUAAUCUCCUGUAAUUUAGUUGUCAGGGUUGUUAAUGCAGCACAGUUACAUAAUUAUAGUGCAAAGAUUUGAUAAUGCCUUCCUUUCUUUUGAAAAAAAGUGCAGUCCUUGGGCAUAUUAUCACAUCUGUUAUGUUAAAUUUUUAAUUCGUAUAUUUGUAAUUGAAACUUGAAGCUCUUUAUAUGUCAUGUUCCCUAAGAUUAAUACAGCAACAAAACUGUUGUACUCACAGCAGCCCCUUUGAAAUUGAUGGAGAUGACUAAAUUAGGCAGAUUAACUUCAGUGUGUCUACUUGAGAAGAACUUUGCUGGAUGCAGCCCUCUGUAGGGAAGGUUUCCAGUGUCCUAGAUCCUUCUGUCUUCACGCAGUACACAGUGUUAAGGAACACAUAAAGGAACUAACCAGCUGCAUUAUACCAAGUCAGACUGUUAAUCCACAAAGUUUAGUAUUGCUUACUCUAACUGGCAGCAACUGUCUGGGAUUUCAGGCUGGGGUGCCUCCCAGCCAUACCUGGAAAUGCUGGGGAUUCAACCUGGGGCUUUCUGCAUGCAAAGCAGGUGCUGUACCACCAAGAUAUCCCUCUUUGUCCCUCUUUGUAUAUAGCUCAUUGGAUGGACAUAUGCUUUUGACUCCAGAAAUCCCAUGUUCAUCUCCAGGUGGGGCUGGGAGAGACUGAAAUCCUGGAGUGCUGCUGCCAAUUAUUGUAGGCAGCACUCAGUUACCUGGAUCAAUGAUCUGACAUGAUAUUGGGAAGCUUCCUAGCAUGAGGGGAAAGCAGCAUAACUCAGUGGAAGGGCAUCUGCUUUGCAUGCAGAUGGUCCCAAGCUCAGUCCCCCAGUAUCUCCAGGUGGGGCUGUGAAUGUCUCCUGGCUGAAAUCCUGGAAAAUCCCUGCCAGACAAUAUUGAGCUAUAUGGACCAGUGAUCUGACUUGACAUAAGGCAGCUUCCAGUGGGAUGCAUCCAACUGACUUCUACACAGGUUCAUUUAUUUCAGUGGGCCUACUCUGAGUAGGACCACGCUUGCAUACAACCCUAUGUUCCUGUGUAAGUAAUAAUAAUAAUAAUAAUAAUAAUAAGUGGCUCUUGAGAAAAACAAAAGCAAAAAACCCGACAACCCAAGUUUACCCACAUUUCUGUUUUCCAGUCUUGGACGUGUUGUGGGUCAGCACUUACAUCUUCACUAUCGUAUAUGCGGCUGCGGAUGGGAUCUUGGAAACUGCACCAGAAGUGGUGAUGGCUGUGCUUCCUGUAUGUGAAGAGAGGAAGCGCUGGGGAAGCAACUUCUAUUUCUCUUGUGUUUGCUUUCUAAGUCUGUGCUGGCUACUGUCAUUCUCACAAUUUUGCUAGGUCUUUGCCCCUGGUUUGUGCUGCUGUGUCUUCCUGCAUUUUAGGCUCUGGCUUCGGAAUGAUAAAAAAAGUAGAUGUAGAAUCCCACUUCAUAGAAACCAUUUAGUCAAACCUUGCAUGGAAAUUGAAGCAUUCACCAACCACAGCAGCCUCCACACUGCUGCUGCGAGUGUCAGUUUUGCUUGCCAAGUCCCCAUACAAACAUGUGUUAAAUGCCUACCUCUUAGAUGCACAGGUUUAACUUGUGUGUUUGGAACUUUCUUUCUGCCUGAGGGCCACGUUCUGUCCUGAGCAGCUUUCCAGGGACCACAUGCCAGUGGUGAGCAGCAGGGUUGCAGGCAAAAGCGAGCAGAGCAAUGGAUGUACAUUUUGCCUCCGGAUAGUAGCCUAGUUUCUACGGACACUCAUAAUAGUCCUUGCUGUCCUCCAGUCAGACAAUCAAGAGGCAUUAUCAGAAUUCCAGGAUGCAUCCCAGCCAGGCAAAACGGUUUAGGAGUGCGUAUCAUUUUGUGGUUAUUGAAACAUUUCAUCAUACUUUUGGCCAGAGGUGUGGGACCCUUGACCUUCCACACACUGUAGGGACUCCAACUUCCAUCAGCCCCAGCCAGCAUGGCCUGUGUUCAGGAAUGAUGGCAGUUUGUUUUAUAUAAUAAUGCAUUCUUUAUAUCCUGCUUUUUCUCUACACUGUAGCUCAAGGCGGAUUUCAGAAAUUAAAGCGAAACAGAUAAAAUACAGAAAGCUAAAAUAUACAGAAGAUAAUAGUUUAAAAAGAAUUAAACUGUAAUAGAAUUAAAACUAUAUAAACACAAAUUAUGAAAAUAUUGAUAGCAAAAAAUAGCAAAGCACUAUUCAAAUCACUUUCCUUAAAAGCAGUCAGUUCCCCAAAGCGCAUGGGAACAAGGCAGCCUUCACGUGCCAGGGGAGAACAGCAAGGAAGGAGCCAGUCUAGCUUCUCUAGGAAGGAAGCCACAAAAUCUGGGAGCAGGCUAUCAUGAAGGCCCCCUCCUUGUAAUUAUGAAACUGUUGCAACCAUAAAACAGUUAUGUAUGUUAUAAAUGAUGCAAACAUUUUAAAACAGUCCAGCGUCUGCAGGGUCAUUUGUUAGCUGCCCCUCCCCUAAGGCGCUUUUUCUCAUAUGUUGCAUCUCCCAUUUUACACACUAUUUCCCAUUCUGUCUCCCCAUUCAGAAAAAGGAAGACAAGUGGCCUGAGCUGUUUGUGAAUUUUAUGGAGCCUUGUUAUGGCAGCUGUUCUGAGAGGCUACAUCACUACUUCCUUAACUACGUUGAAGAAUGGUGAGUAAUGGCGAUCAUACAACACUGAAUAGUUCCCUUUUAACAUUAAUUAGGUGAGCAAAGGGCUGGGUGUAUUUAAAGAUUGUUAUUUGAAACUAACAGGGCAAUGUGUUUAUGCUGCUUGAAGUGGGUUAUGGAUUUGUGGUUGUUGUUUCCUUCCUCAAGGGAUGUGGUCCUUGCAGCAUCUGCUGCUUCCACAGAGGUCAGCAUCCUCGCAAGGCAAGGAGACAAGGUAAUCCCAUUUCCUAUUUCCCCAGCAAGUGCCUCUUAUAAGAAGAUCAGAGGUCCCAGUGAGAGUUCCAGAGGGGUAGUUAUUAUUAGUCAGCUGCAGCAAGAAAUAGCAAAUUCUCAUGUCACCUUGAACCCCCCCCCCCAUGCACUUACUGGGACAGAAUAUUUUAUUUAUUAUCGUUUAUUAUUAUUAUUAUUUAUUUAUUGCACUUAUACCCUACCUUUUUUCCUCCAAGGAGCUCAAGGUGGUGUACAUGGUUCUCCUCCUCAUUUAAUCCCCACAACAACCCUGUGAGGUAGUUUAGGCUGAGAGGCAGGGACUGGCCCAGUGAACUUGAUCAAUUUGAACCCUGAGCUCCAAGCUCCAAGCCCGACCUGCUAACAGUUACAUUAUUCAGGCUCUUGCUUUUGUGGACCGUGGACUCACCCCUGCCAAUGAUGGUGGACCAGAUAUACCCUUUUGACUUUAAGGCAUCUUUUGAAGACCUUUUUAUGCCAACAAGCCCAUGCAACUGCCUAAACAUUUUUUAUUAUCCAGUCAUUUAAAUGUUUGUUUCAUAAUGUUUCACUUGUACAUAUUGUUGUGUACAGUGGUACCUCGGGUUAAGUACUUAAUUCGUUCCGGAGGUCCGUUCUUAACCUGAAACUGUUCUUAACCUGAAGCACCACUUUAGCUAAUGGGGCCUCCUGCUGCUGCCGCACCGCCAGAGCACAAUUUCUGUUCUUAUCCUGAAGCAAAGUUCUUAACCUGAAGCACUAUUUCUGGGUUAGCGGAGUCUGUAACCUGAAGCGUAUGUAACCUGAGGUACCACUGUGCUGCCUCAAUACUUUAUAUGAGUUGGUUGUACACAAAAAUCUUUAUAAAUGAACCAAGGAAUAAUAGUAAUUCUCCUCUCCACUGCAUGUGCCACAGUGAUUUUAUAAAGUGAAAAAAAGCCCUUAUUACUACAAGUUGACCUCCCUGGCUGGAACGAUUCCAGAGGUUGCCAAAGCACAGAGCCAUUUGGGAGCGGCCAUAGCUCAGUAGCAGAGCAUCUCUUUAGCAAGCAUAAGGCCCCAGGUUCAGUUCCCAGCAUUUCCAGGUAGCGUUGGGAGUUGCUGUUAGUCAGUGUAGACAAUACUGUGCUAGAUAGACCAAGAUCCUGAUUCCUAGUACUAAUUAAACUAACCCUUCUUACAGAACAACUGGGAGCUGUGGGUUCUGGAAGACUCCAGCCGAGCAGAACUUCCGGUCACAGAUAAGAGCGAUGACACUUUGCCCGUAGGCGUGGCCAUUGAUUACACCAGCAACAUGCCCAUAACCAUUAGUAAGUAUAUGAAUGUUGCUCUUGGGUUAAGCAUAAAGCAAACAACAGUGCUCUCUAUAGCAGGUGUGGGGAACCUUUUGCCCUCCAGAUGUUGCUGAACCAUGUCUCCCAUCAGCCCUAGCAAGCAUGGCCAGGGAUGCUGAGAGUUGUAGUUCAGCAACAUCUGGAGGGCUAAAGCUUCUUCACGCCUGCUGUAGAGGGAGCUUUAGUGCUGGUCAUUAGUCCUGAGAAGAUGCUAUUAAUAUACUUGGAAGUGCUAUUUUCCCACCUUCUAACUGUGAUUCUUGAGGCUAUUCAGAGUGGGCAGACCUGCGACCUCGGGGCCAAUUGUGACCCUCCAGGCCUCCAUCUGGCCCAUGGGACUCUCCCCAGCUGACACUGUUUUUUGCCUGGCUGGAAUGUGUCCUGUAUAAGUAAAAGAAAAAAAGGGUAGACUAGAAAUGCAUGGAACAGAGUUGUAAUACAUGUUGCAUUAUUCAAGAGAAGUCAUCUUGGGCACUUAGUUCCCUUUGUAAAGUUUUAAACUCUUGCCAUUCUAACAUAACUUCCUGGUCCCUUCCCGGACUUGUUCUGAGGGCUGCUUACUAAGUGGAGGUACUGCUGAACAUGUCUGGUCAUGGUGUGUGUGUGUUUGUGGCAUUUUUGCAGGUGAGGAUAAAACCACGGACCCAGCACCGGUCCUGCUGCUGCUGUCAACUGAUGGAGUCCUCUGCCCCUUUUACAUGGUCAAUCAAAACCCUGGUGUGAGGUCUCUGAUGGUGAUGCCGGAGCCUCUCUCUCCAGAAGGAGACAGAGGAACAAAAUCAGCUGGUAGGUGCUUGCUUGCUUUUUGGGGGAGUUUUGGUCCAGCAACACCCGAGGAUCCAAGGUUGUAGAACACUUAUCCUAAAACACCUUGAAUGCAAAUGGAGCAGCCUGGUGCCCUCUAGGUGUUACAGAACUCCCAGCAGUCAGUGACCAAGAAUAAUGAGAGUCAGAAUUCAACAAUGUAUGGGUGGCACCGUGCCAGAGAAGGCUGGUGUAGUGUGAUAAGGAGGGCGUGGCAAGCAACAUGCACAACUGGAGAUCAAAAAGACAUACCUGUGCCCCUUACCCUCCCUUUUCAAUCUUUUGGUUUUGCUCAUCAGCAUUUCCACCUUGAUAGAUCUUUGUUUAUGUGGUUAGGAUUGCUCUGUAAGGCUGCAGUCUUGGGAACGCUUCACAGCGUUCCAUAGGAGAGUAGGAAACAGACCUCAUGCCAGGUUGGACCAUCAGUAUUAUCUGCACUGACUGGCAGCAUCUCUCCAGGUUUCAGGCAAGGGCCUCUCUCCGUCCCACCUAGAGAAGCUGGGUGUUGAAGCUGGGUCUUUCUGUGUGCAGUGCAGAGGCUACCAAACUGUCCCACUUUGCGUAUAUGAUUGGUUGGACCUACGCUUUGGAUGCAAGGAGUCCUGUGUUCAGUAGUUGGCAUCUCCACAUGGGGCUGGGAGAGACCCUGGUCUGGAAACCCGGGAAGCUGCUGCCUGUCAGUGUAGACAGCGCUCAGUUAGCUGGACCAACAAUCUGACAUGAAAUAAGGAAUCUUCCUAAUAGGUGGGGGGGGGGAGCAGUGUAGUUCAGUGGUAGAGAAACCUGCUUUGCAUGCAGAAGGUCUCAGGUGUGAUCCCUGGCAUCUCCAGGUAGGGCAGGGAAUGUCUCCUGCCUGAACCCUGGAGAGCUACUGGAGAUGUCAGGGAUUGAACCUGGGACUUUCUGCAUGCAACACAGGUUCUUUCCCACUGAGCUGCCAAUAUAUGGUCAGUAUAUUGGUAGUAAAUAUUGAACUCAAAGGGCGAAGAGAACUAUUUGUGUAUUAUCUGUUUUGGCCAGAGAUGAAGGUUCACUGCAAAGCCCUGUUCACUUUUCAUCUGUGUAAUUGCAUUUCCUGUUCAAUAUGGAACACCUUAGUUUUGGCAAAGGCUUUUCUUUCCAGCUCUACUUGGCUUGCUUGUCAGCAGGAUGUUUGAUUCAGGCUGACAUGAUCCUUGCCAAAAAUCGAUGGGGGAUUGUAGAAGGCGUUGUGCUCUCAAUUCCCAGCUCAAUUAAAAUCCAGCCGACCUGGGAAAUUGUAGUAUUGAUUUAAGGGCCUGCCCUUUGGGCAGGGAUCUUGGAGGUCCGAUCUGUGAGUCUGAAAAGAUCUGUUGUGCAUUUUUAUUAAAUUACUGUGUAUGCCUAUCCUGCCAUAUCCUUAAACGGCAGAGCUAAUAUCAGUAUUCUAAGCAUGUAUCUGUGCAUAUACACAAAUCUUGUCUGGUCUUGAUAGAGAGUUAAAAUGUGUGCUGACUCUGGCCCUCCCCUGUGGGGCUAAAUGGGGGAAGGAGAAUCUUGUAUGAUGGCAUGCUGAGCUGUGGAGUUAAGUACAAGUGCUUCUGAGGUACAUCUCAAUUGUGUGGGAAAGCCUCUCCACAACACCAAACUGUGUGGCAGUUGAGGGUCUUCUUCCUGGCAGAUCACUUCCUGGUGCAACUGGACUUUUCCGCGACCCUUCCCCUCUGCAGGAAGGUGGGACCAAUUCGGAUGGUCCGCCCCCGCCACUUAAUGGAUCCAAAUGCUUUCCACAGAGUGGUAGGGGAUGCUUUAUCCCAUGUUGAUGGCCUUUCAGCUGAUUCCCUGGUGGCCCGCUGGAAUGCGGAGUUAACCAGGGCUAUCGACUGUCUGGCUCCGAAGCGCCCUCUCUGAUUGCAUGGAGCCCGGACAGCCCCGUGGUUUUCUUCAGAGCUGAGGGCGAUGAAACAAUCGCUGAGACGGCUAGAGCGUCGGUGGCAGAAAACUCAUUCUGAAGCUGACCGGACACAGGUUAGAGCUCAACGUCGAGCCUACCAAGUGGCGAUAGCGACGGCGAAGAAGACUUUCUUCACCGCCUCUAUUGCAUCUGCAGAAAAUAGUAGCAGGAGACUCUUUCAGGUGGUUCGCAAUUUAACGGAACCACCUUUACCACCGGGGCCUUGCAAAGACCCCAAGAUCUCCUACAACGAUUUUGCAAAGUUUUUUGCAGAUAAAAUCACUCAUAUUCAGAAGGAGCUAGACACCACUGUGGGAGCAGGGCUGGGGCGGGAGAGUGCUAGAGCUGUCUGGUCAAGUUGCAUGGAAUCAAUUUCAGUCCGUUACCCCCAAGGAUGUGGACAGGCUGCUUGGACACGUGAAACCAACCACCUGUCUCCUUGAUCCUUGCCCAUCCUGGCUAAUAAAAGCAAGCCGGGAAGGGCUGGGCUCUGGGCUCUGCGGGGUGGUGAAUGCUUCCCUCUGUGAGGGAACAUUCCCAGAUCUGCUGAAAGAGGCGGUCAUUAAACCGCUUCUUAAAAACCCAUCUUUAGACCCGGCCAGUAUGGCCAACUAUCGCCCAGUCUCAAAUCUUCCAUUCUUGGGCAAGGUGAUUGAGUGCGUGGUUGCUGAACAACUCCAGGCACGCCUGGAGGAUGCGGACCAAUUGGAUCCCUUCCAAUCGGGAUUCAGGCCUCAUCAUGGGACUGAAACUGCCUUGGUCGCGCUGGUUGAUGAUCUCCGGUGAGCUAGGGACAAAGGUGAGAGUUGUUUCCUAGUUCUGCUGGAUCUCUCAGCGGCCUUUGAUACAAUCGACCAUAACAUCCUUCUGGACCGUCUAGAGGGGCUGGGAGCUGGGGGCACUGUUAUACAGUGGUUUCGCUCCUUCCUCCUGGGCCGUGUUCAGAAAGUGGUGGUGGGGGAUGAGUGUUCAGACCCCUGGGCCCUCACUUGUGGGGUGCCUUAGGGUUCCGUCCUCUCCCCCAUGCUUUUUAACAUCUAUAUGAAGCCGCUGGGAGAGAUCAUCAGGGGGUAUGGGCUGGGUGUCCAUCAAUAUGCAGAUGAUACCCAGCUCUACCUCUCUUUCAAAUCAGAACCAGUGAAGGCAGUGAAGGUCCUGUGUGAGUGCCUGGAGGCGGUUGGAGGAUGGAUGGCGGCUAAUGGAUUGAAGUUGAAUAAUAAUAAUAAUAAUAAUAAUAAUAAUAAUAAUUUAUUAUUUAUACCCCGCCCAUCUUGCUGGGCCUCCCCAGGCACUCUGGGCGGCUUCCAUAGAAACCAAAAAUACAGUAAAAUAUCACACGUUAAAAACUUCCCUGAACAGGGCUGCCUUAAGAUGUCUUCUGAAUGUCAGGUAGUUGUUUAUCGCUUUGACAUCUGCUGGAAGGGCAUUCCACAGGGCGGGCGCCACUACUGAGAAGGUCCUGUGUGAGUGCCUGGAGGCGGUUGGAGGAUGGAUGGCGGCUAAUGGAUUGAAGUUGAAUCCUAACAAGAUAGAAGUACUGUUUUGGGGGGACAGGGGGCGGGCUGGUGUGGAGGACUCCCUGGUCCUGAAUAGGGUAACUGUGCCCCUGAAGGACCAGGUGCGCAGCCUUGGAGUCAUUUUGGACUCACAGCUGUCCAUGGAGGCGCAGGUCAAUUCUGUAUCCAGGGCAGCUGUCUACCAACUCCACCUGGUACGCAGGCUGAGACCCUACCUGCCCGCGGACUGUCUCGCCAGAGUGGUGCAUGCUCUAGUUAUCUCCCGCUUGGACUACUGCAAUGCGCUCUACGUGGGGCUACCUUUGAAGGUGACUCGGAAACUACAACUAAUCCAGAAUGCAGCAGCUAGACUGGUGACUGGCGGCGGCCGCCGAGACCACAUAACACCGGUCUUGAAAGACCUACAUUGGCUCCCAGUACGUUUCCGAGCACAAUUCAAAGUGAUGGUGUUGACCUUUAAAGCCCUAAACGGCCUCGGCCCAGUAUACCUGAAGGAGCGUCUCCACCCCCAUCGUUCUGCCCGGACGCUGAGGUCCAGUGCCCGAGGGCCUUCUGGCGGUUCCCUCAUUGCGAGAAGCAAAGCUACAGGGAACCAGGCAGAGGGCCUUCUCGGUAGUGGCGCCCGCCCUGUGGAACGCCCUCCCAUCAGAUGUCAAAGCGAUAAACAACUACCUGACAUUCAGAAGACAUCUUAAGGCAGCCCUGUUCAGGGAAGUUUUUAAUCUGUGAUAUUUUAGUGUAUUUUUGGUUUCUAUGGAAGCCGCCCAGAGUGGCUGGGGAAACCCAGCCAGAUGGGCGGGGUACAAAUAAUAAUAAUUUAUUAUUAUUAUUAUUAUUAUUAUUAUUAUUAUUAUAUUCUCCCUUUUGCAGUGAACCUCUCUCGGCCUCAGUGUGUUAUCAGGAUCACCCCACAUCUUUCUUCUCCCUAGAGACCAUAGACAGCAGCUGCCAGUCCAAGCAAGCAAGAUUAAGUCAAAUGGACAAAUAAUGUGCUAGUGUGAAGCAGCAUACACUCAGUCACGGUUAAAAGCUUUCCACCAGCCUGCAUAACUGUUACUCCACCAAGAUGUCAAUUAUAGCAUCCUUGCCUGGUUUUAUAGCCCGGCUGAGUUAGACGCACAGCCCAUUUCCUUAUUCCUCAUCUCCUGUUGCACCUCCCAGCUAGCUCACCCUGUUCUGGAAUCGUUCUGCUCUGGGUUAGUGCUCUCCAUUGUCUUGGCACACAACACCAUUCUAGCUGUGGCCUCUGAGUGAUGUCUGGGUUCUUCCUAAUGGGUCAUUCCAUGUCAGUUCAACGCGGUCAUGCCACCCACCAUCUCAGAUUUUGAUGAAACUUGGUGUACACCCUUCCCUUAUGGUUGAAAGAAAGAAACCCCCUUAAUUUUUUUCCCCUCUUGAGAACCUCGGCCUUCUGUUCAUUUUAUUCCCCCCCCCCCCCCAUAACCAAUGAUCAGAUCUCUUUGAAAUUUUACACAGAGCUUAAUAAGAGGAUGAGGAUUUCAGGAAAAAAUACACCAGCACUCAAAAGUUUUUAUAAAUGCCUAAAAAAUUGUAUAAAUGUAGGUUUUUUGGUGAAAAAACUAGGUUUAGAAAACCUAAAUUUCCAGCGUGUGGGCACGAUGGAAUCAGAAGUUUUUGAUGGUGAAAAUUAUUGCAAAGACAUGCUCUUUCUCAACAAAUUAUAAGAUUUAAUGGCCUCUUAUGUCUUGUAACAAAAUUUUACAUUUUUUUGACAUCAUGGGGAAAAAAUGGCUACUGGGUACAACUUUCCUACAAUUCAUAGCUGUAAUAGAAAAAAUUAAUGAAACAAAGUUGUUCAUCUUAAAAUCUGAAAUAAUAUUGGUUAUUACAGGGGUUCUUUUUCAAAAGUGCAGACUUCUUUUUCAGUUUUGGGGUAUUUAAAACUAUGAAAAUUGGCUAUAUCGUGAAAUCAAUCUAAAAAAAUUAGUCAGAAACUUUGAAUGCUGACAUGUAAGGAAAUAAGACCUAGAAAGAAAAAGAUUAAAAGAAUUUAAAAUUAUGCAUUAUUUUCAAUUUUGCAACCAUAAGGGAAGAGUGUACACCAAGUUUCAUCAAAAUCCGAUACAGUGGGUGGCGAAACCCUUGUUUUUUCUGUUGAUUUGAUGUGGAAGGGCCCUAAUGACACAUAGUAACUUUUAACAAAACCUCUCCCAUCGCUUCCAGGAAGCACUCCCCCAUCAUCCGCUUUCGCUUCUGCUGCUCCUCCAAAAGUCGAAGCUUCCUUGGCCGUUGUCCCAGCCACAUCUUCAGUUUCCAGCAAAGGGGCACCCACUUUGUCUUUUGCGUCCUUCACUCUGAAAUCCACCAGAUCUGCUGCUGAUACCCCACCUCAGUAUCCUGGCAUGUCGGAGACCCCCAAGCCUCCCCUUGGUUCUAACCUGAGCGGAGCAGUCGGGUUCCCCUUCUCUCCAACCACCAGCAUCUCCAAAGCGCCUCCAACUCCAUCGCUGCUGUCCAGCCCCAUUGCAGCUUCUCCUCCUUCCUUCUCUUUUGGUUCCGUGAGUUAUAAAGCGGGCAUGGACAGCUCAGCCAGGGCCCCUCCCUUUGCGAGUCCUGUUGGGCUAAAGCAAAGUUUUGGCUCGUCACCUUCCUCCGUCAAAACUAACCUCACUGAAAAGUAAGUCUCCCUUUGAAUCUUUUUAGCAAUGUAUGUGUGGUGGUUUUGAAGCAGUACUUGAAUGUGUUAACACAUUGUUUUAAAGUUGGUGGGGCUCUCCGUGUCUCGCUGGAUUCAGGGUUCCCAUUGUCUGAUGGAACAUGCUGACUGGGCUGGUGGGAGCUGGAGUCCAAUAUCCGGAGGGGCACCACAGGUUCUGCACCAGGGGCCCCAUCUGCACUGUACAUUUAAAGCAAUACCGUUUUAAACAGGUCCUCCCUCCAUGGAAUCUUAGGAACUGUUUUUUCAGGGGGAUGAGAGCUGUUAGGAGACCCAGAGUUCCUGGCAAGAAGGAUUGACUGUUAAGCCACUGUGGAAAUUAUAUCUCUGUGAGAGGGAAUAGGGGUCUCCUAAACUAUCACUGUGGUCUAAACCACAGAGCCUAGGGCUUGCCGAUCAGAAGGUCGGCAGUUCGAAUCCCUGCGAUGGGGUGAGCUCCUGUUGCUCGGUUCCUUCUCCUGCCAACCUAGCAGUUCUGUAGGAAUAACAGAGGAAGACGGGAGGUUGGAUGCAGUGAGCUGUGUGUAACCAAGCUCAAGAACAAGCUUUGCAGAGCCUCUUUUUAUUAGCAGACGUCAACAGUUGGAAACAGUAGUGAAACCACUGUGAACAUGGCGUAUUAACAUCUAAGCACAUUUCCAGCCUUAUCAAAUACACGUGUUAGCAGGUGUUUUCCUAAAAUGUUCCCCGAUACUUGAUUACAUCUGCGACGCUGUUGCAUGCCGGGUGCGAGGUGUGCCUCAGCACAAGCGGAACGUUACCUCCACACCUCCUCUUUUCCUAAAUAUUAAGAGAGGGGUGUAUUCUGAGUCUGAAUUGGUAAGGGCCAAAACAUGAGGCCCAGAGCGUGGUUUGCAAAGCUGGAGCAGAGAGGGUCAUGAUGUGGGGGGCAAGGCAGACCUUGCAAAGUUGAAAAAAAUGAGGAAACACAUUGUAUAGUUUGCAGUAAGCUGGGCAAAGAUGUGGCAGCAAAAAAUGAGUCUAAUGUCUCUGGUUGUUGGGCUCAAGAGAGCUGAUGUUGUCCAGCGGGAAUGAGGGCUUUGGUGUCACCCCAAGUGACUAGAUGUGGUUCUUUCCUGGUCUGCACUGGGUGGCACUAUGUCUCCCUUGGGUGGUGCUUUACUGGCGUCUCCUGUAGGGUUAGCUGGAAGUUUGGAAACAGAUUGGUCAGGUCCUGAUGCCAGGCCAUGCUGGACAGAUGAUUGGACUGCUGACAGCACACACGGAACUGGAACUCACAACGGACCUGUAGGGGUAAAAAGUAACAGCAUAGCCCCGCCCCUAGGCUAUCAGGGCCACAGGGCCACAAAACUGCAGAUCCGGUAGCUGUUGACACAGUAGGUUGUUAAGGUCGAGGUCCUUGGAUUUGCAGAAAUGCCUGUCUGCUGGUGCAAGCUGAUCUGAAUUAGAAGCAAGAUGGUUAAUUGAAAACAACAAAGUGUUAGAUUUACACUGAAAUCCACCUAGGGUCCUGCACUUCUCCCCAUUUCCUAACUGUUUUUCCAAAAGGUGCCUUCCAGGGAGCGAUUGGCAGGUUUGACUUGUUGAAUUCACCAUCGUUGCGGUUUCAGAUCGCUGGUGGUAGCCCAGAUAAAACCAGAGAAGGUAUCUAUGGUGACGUGAACCGCGGAAUUAGGGCUUAACAUGUGUUACAGAUGUCACAUCCAUUUGCCACAACUGCAUGAGGAAAUGACUGAGGCAUUUUGGAACAGUGAGGGCAGGUGCGAACUAAAGCCUGCGCCUGUGCAGUUUGAACUGUUUUGCUAGAACAUUUGCAGAUUGGUGAAAAAACCCCACAUAUAAUGUCCACUGGGUCUAAGAAUGAGGAAGUUACAGUUAGCUCUCGCAAGGCAGCAUCUGCUCAGGCAUUUCCUGCUGUUAAGAGCCCAGGCAGAUUUUACGUGCAGAGAGAGAAACAAAGCCAACAAAUUCUCAUCGAUUUGAUUGGUUAUCAAAGCCAUAGGCAAUUGUUCAAUAAGCUGCUAUACAAAAAUGGCUAUCUGCUAUCAGAGCAGACAGAACAGCUGGAAAAAGCUAGAUAGACUGAGAGCCGAGGAGGGAUGUACUUUACACACCAGCCUUGAUUCUCAGAAAGUUUGUAGCUCCUCGUGUUGGAUUGCCAUCAGUAAAGAGAGCUAUGGCAUGAGGGAUUGGCAUUGGCUGACAGAACAGGCGGACCAAGAAAGGAACACGCUGAGUCACAACUGUCCAAAGAUUUUUGGGUGAGUUCUGCAUUAAGGUUACUAAAUCAGAGUUAGUGAGCUGCAGGGCAUGAGACCAUCCCUUUAGGGAGGCAUUAAAAUCAGCUAAGCAUGUGCUAUGUUUUCCAGUCAUGGAAAUGAUGUCCGAGGGUUUUAACAACUCAAAAAAGCUGUAAUGGUGCUGUGGGUAACUUAUAAUGGUUGCGUGGCGAGUUCCCGCCUCCCCCCGAGGAAAUAAAGACACAGGACACAAGAAUUCAGGUUAAUGGGUCAAAUUAGGCCACAACUUUAUUGAUUACAGGAAUUGAGCAGUAUUGGCUUAGGCAUUGGUCCUAACUACUAACCGGCUAAAGGCCGGAAGGGUUAAUCACCAGAGGGAGGAGUCCUGCUGAGGCACGUCAACUAGGACCUCCCCCGGGCGUCACCGCGUGGGGGCGUGCCGUGGGCCCACACCUCCUUAGGCUUAGGACAAGGCCACGCCCCCCGGAAUCCUUUACCGAACUACCCUUGCUUGGGGGAAGGUGAUGGUGCUCCUUCCCCCCUUCAUUUGCACAGCAAUAGGACAGUACCCCUACCAAUGCCUAACCGCCAAUACCGAAGUGUUGUGACGGUUUGCUACGAGGUAGGCGAAAACCAAAUGGCUGGAGCCAAUCUGCCAUUUGGGAAAAUUCCUACCAGGCCCCUUGACGGCGACCAACCGUAGUUCAUAGCAACGUCAGAGAACCUAUCCUAACAGGGUGGGAUGGGCAGGAAAACCGGGUCAGCUGCAGCAGCGGAGGAAAGAGGAGGAGCCUAGGCUGCAGCAGGUUUAAAUAGCCGAGGCCCCGCCCCCGGAGCCAGCCGAUUGGCUGGCCCAGGAUAUGACACGGGCGGGGAUUCCCUUAGGUAUCACAGGGGCUGGAACCAGCCCCCGUGAAUGUGGGGAAGGGGCGUGCCACCCGCAACCCCACCUCCUUGUUUAUCGCGGAAGUGGCUUUGUGGAAACUCUAACUGGGGCAAACAGAAACAGAUUCCAGGGGCUAGUCGGGACCUCUACAUGCUGAGAGGCAAGUUGCUCUGCUACCAGGGCAUAUAAGGCUUUUAAUUUUUACCCCGGUAUUGGCCAUUGGUCCACCCAAAUAGGUUCCUGCAUCUGCCACUUUAAGGGCAACACUGAGACAAAUUCAGACACCUAAUUCAAGACUAGCAUUAAGUUUUUGCAGUAAAUCUUGAACCCCCAUUCUCAGAGCAUGUCUGCAGCCGCAGGCACAGAAAAAAGGAAGUAGCUGUGCAACAGACUGUCACAUGCAGCUGAGUCCAUGCUUGCAUUCUGAAUGCCUGUGUAGUCAGACUCAAUUGUCCACAAGAAAAUAAAAAAAAUAUUAAAUCCAGCCCCGCACUGCCUUUGGUGGCAGGUUUUUUAAGGAUGUUACUGGCUGUUCCCUGCUACUGGUUGUGGAGAAGCCCCCCCUUUUUUUGGUCCUGGGUCAGAGGGUGACCCGACUAGGCAUCUCCCAAACUCCCACACUGACUUGUCCACUGGAAGCCUUUAUUGCAACAUGGGAAUUUUUCCAAGGGCUUAGAGUUGGUAUUCUCUGGUAAACAGAGGGCUGGAGCAAGGACCGAAGCUUUAUAAGUUUGCAAUCCUUCCGAUUGGCAUGCGCGAAUCAUCCCAGACAUGCUCAAGAUGUUGGAAGCUUGGGCAGCCAACGAGUUUUUUACAGCCAGUUUCAGUAAGAUUUCAUUGGCAGCGUCAAGGUUAUCAAUCUGCCGGCUCAUCGCUUCUUGCAAGCGGUUAGUGAAAUCAAGAAAAGGCUCAGAGGCUCCUUGCCUAAUGCUGGCAAAGAUCUUGGCAGGUUUCCCAGUUUCAGGAACCUUUUUAAAGCCAUACAAGGCACAUGCAGAAAUUAAAGGAAAAUAGGCUUGAGGCAGUUGAGUCUGCAUAUUUAUUGCAGCAAACUGACCUUCACCUACUAAAUGAUAAAAAAUGACUCCCUGGGCUGCAUGAAUGGUGGCUUGGUGCUUGGCAGUUUCGUGAAAUUCACUCUGCCAUAUCACAAAUUGACCAGGAUUUAAAAUCAUUUUCAUGAGGGCUUUCCAAUCAAAUGGAAUUAAUGCAAAGCCUGAUGACGUGCCUUCCAAAAGUCAUUUGACAUAAGUACUGGUUAGACCAAAACCAUUCAUUGAUUUCCUGAGUUCCCUAAUUACAGAAUAGGGAAGGCUGUCCCAGUGGCCUAACUGGCCACCUUGAUUAUCUGGUGUCCAAGUAACGGGACAAACUUCAAUAAGUUCAGCAAGCUCCUCUAGGUUUAAAUGAGGAGAUGCCUUUGCCUCUUUAACCAUGUGCUGGACGGCAGAGAGGGUUUCCUUCACUGCCUUAAGGAACUCAGAUCAUUUUCUGCCUGACUGAGAAAUCUCUAGUACCAGUAACUGGAAAGGAUUGUUACUAGAAAUCUUAGGCUGAAGCCCAGGAGGUAUCCGACGAUUAAUGUCAGAAAGUUCUAAAUCUGAUUUAGGAGAAACUAUUUUUGAUACCAUAGGUGGUGUGGGUGGUGGAUUCAUCAGGGAAAUUAAAGGCUGUCUUUCUGCUGGACUAAAUUUCUGAACAGCAUCUUGGCACAGAUGCCAUGUAUGUAAAAUCUUUUUUUAAAUAAAAAUAAAAUAAUUUUUAUUAGGUUUUUUACAAAUAUAGCACAUACUACAACAAACAAAAAAGAAACAGAAUCACAAACAUAGGCAAAAAUAAAAAAAAACAUAACAACAAACACCUAACAACAUAAGCAACACAAAUUAAUUAGUUGUUUAAACAUCUAACCUUAUAAACAUAUUUUGGACUUCCUCUGGGCCCUCCCAUCUGAAUUUCCUUGUAUUUGAAUGUAGCAGUUUUCUAAUAUCAUUAUUAAAACACAGUAUUCCAAUUAAAGUACAAUUUUUAAACUUUUCUUAGAGUUCUAGAUCUCAUUUAUUUAAUUAACUCCUAAUUUAAUCCUAGGCCUAUUUGGUACUUUCUUUUUUAAAAAAAUAAAUAUAUAUUUAUUAAUAGUUUCAGAAUUACAGAAAAAGAAGAAAAAAUAAAAAACAACACUACAAUACAUAAAAAAGAAGAAAAAAAGCAAAACAUAAAAACCAAUACAACAAUACAGCAAAAAGAUAAAAAAAAGAAAAAGAAAAAAAGACACAAAUCCCAUAUUACAUAUCUUUAACUUCCAUUUGCUUGUUUCAUUGACCUCCUCACACCUCCCUUUUUGUAUUCUAGUUUAAUUAGUUAUUUCAGCAAAUUCUUGUGAGGAGAACCUGAGCUUACAGGGUUAAACAGCUCAGAGUGUACGCCCUGCCUACUGUUGGGAGGGGGGAGGUUCGUCAUUUCCGAGAGCCUCAAGCCUUUGUUCUCUCUCUACUUUCGCUUUUGAGGAGAGAGGACGUGUUUUCACGAUGCUGUUUGCUGUGAUAGAUAAUGGAUAGUCUGCUGUAAAUAAAACUGCUUUUAGCUGCUAAGAUCCUGAGUGGACUUUAUUUAAGCACACUGAAGCAUGCACUGGAGUUUUUUUGAAGUUUUCUCUUACCGCUGCUGAUCUUUGCUUUUUGCUCAGAGCAUCGGAAUGUGGAGUUUGGAAUGCAGAGGUCUGGCAAGAGCUACGCAGCGAAAGCGGGCCGGACGCCAGGCUUAUCUGAGCAAUAAAUCUUCUUUCAGAGGUUAUGGGUGAUAGUUACUGCAAUUAGAGGAAGCUGCUUUGAAGCCUGAAGUGCUGUGUGCUUAAAAAGGCUGAGAAAACUGAGAAGCUGCUGUUUUUGCUGCCGGAAGAAAAAGUCCUGCUUUGAGGCUUUGCCUGGGAGAAAAGCAGGGAGACUGGCUGAAAUGCUGUGUGCUGCAAAGAGCCACUGGAGGCCUCUCCUUUGAAGCUGGCUGGUACGCGUGAGUACUUCAAAGCCCCAAUGGGAGCACUGGGGGAGGAGAUGGCUGAGCUCCAGGACUUUUAUGAUGUCCCGUUUGAAAAGCUCACAACCCAGUCCUGGGAUAUCUGGGUUAGGAGAGUAAGGGGGGUGGUUUUUGGCCACAGGGCUCUGGAGUAUAGCCCAGAAGGAGCCGGCCCCACCCAUGCCAGUUGCUGCUGAAGAUGGCGGAGCAGACCUGGAGGCUGUUUUGCUGGAAGAUAGAGAGCAGAGAAUGCAAAGAGAGCUCUGCAUGUUGAGAGCAAGCGUGGACGCUAUGCUGUUGCCCCACCUGGAGGGCGUUGAGUCGGCUCAGGCCGCCUGGCAGGUGCUGAGGAGUCUGUGUGAGAGCUCAGCAGGAGCCCAGGGCUGGGAGAAAGCAGAGAGCAGGGAGGAAGCCGAGAGCCCAGAAGGGGCUGCUGGCCAUGUUCCUGAAGUUACAGCUGGGAGUAGCUGCUUUGUCUCCGAGGGGCCGCGUGAUGUUGAGGCCUACAACCAGAGUGCUGGGGAGCGUGCAGGCCCAGGCUGUGCACCCAAAGGUGGGGGUGCAGGGAACAAAGGAAUGGCUGAAGAGGGAGCUGUGAGAGCUGUUGCUACGCGUCGCCGCUGUUAUCGCUGUGGCUCCCCUCCCAUCUGGUGAGAGAAUGUCCAGUGGAGGCACAGGAACAGCCGAAGGCCGUCUCCCGUAGCAACCAGAUAAAGGGCUCUUCUUCAAAGCGUGGGAAAGGCAAGCCGAAGGCAGCUGGCAGAGACACUGAACGUAAACAUUUGGCAGCCUCUAUGGCUGCAGUCGAGUUGUCAACAGGAUGCUGUGCUGGCUUUUGUCAUAGACUCAGGCGCGUCCCAUCAUCUCGUGCCAUCUAGUGGAUUCCUGGAGAACUGCACCUCUGUAAUUUCUGGGAAGACUGUCUGUUUAGCAGAUGGGACUCGACACCCACUCAUGCAGACUGGCUCACUGUUUUGUUCUUUCCUACAGGAUUCAAUCCAGGCUUUUGUUCCAGGACUGUCCUGCGCGUUGCUGUCUGUCAGUGCACUUCUUGCUGAGAACUACAGAGUGUGUUUUGAGAACAAUAAGUGUUCUAUUUCCAAGAAUGGACAGCACCUAGUCAGUGUUGAAUGUAAAGACAGGUUGUUUGUGAUAGAUGCUUCUUUUGCAGGUCCAGAUGACACGGAGGAGGCUCAAGCACAGUGUGCCAACGUUCCAGUCCAUGAUGCAUGUGCUCACCUCUGGCACCGACGCAUGGCACACGUGUCCUGGGGGUCAGUGAUGAACAUCCCAGAGUGUACGCAAGGGUGCAAAAUGAAAUCAUGUGCUAAGUUUCUACAUUGCAGAGCGUGCAAGUCCGCAAAGGUGAAAACGUGCACAUACCCUAGGUCUGAGAGGGUGACCACUAGGGCUUUUCAGUUAAUUCAUGCAGAUUUGUCUGGUCCGAUGUCUGUGAGCAGUAUGGGCGGAGCCAAAUUUGCGCUGGUUCUGAUUGAUGACCAUACGCGGAACUCCUGGACCUUCACGCUCCGACACAAAAAUGAAGCUGCGCCGCUAAUCAAAGACUGGAUUGCGGCUGUGGAACUGCAGUUUUCCACACGGGUGCAAAACUUUCAGAGCGAUCGUGGUGGGGAGUUCACCGGGUCUGCACUGCAAAGUUUCUUCCGCAAAAAGGGGAGUCAACACAGGUUGACUUCUCCACACCGUCCCCAACAGAAUGGGAUCGCGGAACGCAGGAACAGGACUCUAGGGGAGAUGUCCGCAGCUCUUUUGUUUGAUGCCGGGCUCCCACAGCGCUUUUGGGGGGAGGCUUGGCAAACGGCCAACUUUAUUCUGAACAGGUCGUUCAGUUCAGUGGUAGGUGACACACCGUACUUCUUGUUGCACGGAAAGAAACCGAAAGUGCACUCCUUCCGCGUUUUUGGCUGUGAGGCUUGGGUCCUCAUACCAAAGGCCAAACGCAAGAAAGGUGAACCCAAGUCCCAGAAGAUGAUUUUCUGUGGGUACGAGCCAGGGACCAAGGGGUGGAGGUUUGCGUAUCCGUCAGGGAAUCAGUCCAGGAUUCUGCUCAGCAACAGUGCUGAAUUCUGUGAGCAGAGUGGCUGGGCAAGGAUGCAUGGGAACCCUGACAUCCUGUCAGAGAGUCUACUUGACUCUGCUGAUGAAGGAGAGGAAGAGGUUGAACCUGCUACUGAGGCUCAGAGUCCAGACCCAGUGCAGGCAGAGGGGAGAACUUCUCCCAAGGCUGUGAAGAUCGAGGAACGCAGUGCUCCAUCUUCCCCCACAGGUUCGGCUGAGAAGUCCAGACGGCGCAGUAAGUCAGAGGGGGAGCCCUCUGAUGCUAAGGACGUUCUGGCUGGCCCUAGUGGGUCAGAGGGGGUUCCUGAAGUAGUGCUGCGUCGGUCAACUCGGACGACCAAGGGGAAACCUCCUGAAAGGUUUGCCGUCACUAGUGUGUGGGUCGGAAUGGCACAGUGUGAACCCGAGAGUUUUGAGGAUGUUCAGAAACUGCCUCAGGAAGAAGCCAGAAAAUGGCAUGAGGCGAUGCAGAAGGAGAUGAACUCAAUGGAGUCGCUAGGUGUGUUCUCCCUCACGAAGUUGCCGGUGGGCAAACAGGCCGUCGGUAGCCGCUGGGUUUACCGUCCUAAGCCCACAGCGACAGGAGAACAGCAGUAUAAGGCCAGAUUAGUGGCGAGAUGAUUCACGCAGCGCAGGGGGUUGCAUUAUACGGAAGUUUAUGCUCCCACCUCUAGGAGUGAAUCUCUACACUUGGUCUUGGCCAUUGCUGCACAAAGAGGGUUGCUGGUGCAUCAUUUUGAUGUGGAUGUUGCUUACUUGAACUCAGACUUCCAGGAGGAUUUGUACAUGCUUCCUCCUCCAGGGUUUGAGGGCAAUGAGCAAGGUACUGUGUGGAAACUUCACAAGUCAAUUUACGGCCUGAAGCAAUCGGCCAGGAAUUGGAACUUGUGCCUGAAUGAAGCUUUGGAGAAGCUAGGUUUCAGGAAGAGUCUUGCUGACAGUUGCCUGUUCCUUAGAGGAUCAGGAGACUCACAGGAACUGGUGUUAUUUUACGUUGAUGACAUCAUCCAUGUUGGAAAGGCAGACAAACAGGUGCAGAAGUUUGCCAAAGAGCUUGGGAAACGGUUUCAGCUCAAGAACCUGGGUGCAGUAAAGAUCUACCUGGGCGUCCAGAUAGCGAGAACUGAGGAUGGUAGCUUCUUGCUCAGUCAGAAAGGCAAGAUUGAGCAGUUACUCAAUUAUACAUAACUCCUGAUAUCAUUUCUACUAGAGCCAUCUAGUUUCAUUCCAACAUUUUCCCUAAUAUUCUUUAAUUUUAGACUAAAUCCCUAAAUAAAAACUUUUCUUUAUAAAUUUUCUUCCAAUCUUCAUCCAACGUCUCUUCUUCCUGGUCUCGGGUCAUGUCAGUCCUUACUGUCCAUUCCAUCUAGUCCAUCAACCUGGUAAUCUUAUGUCCGAGGCCCUUAAGUCUCUUCCAUGUCCCUUCUGCAGAUCUUCUUCUUCUUGUUUAUACCUGCACUUUUCCUUGUCUUUUGUUGGUCUCUUUCUUAAUUUCUUUCCUUUCUCAUUGAGGAGUAGGUCUCUGGGAGGUUCCAACCCAAAAUUAUCUCCGUCUCCCUUCAUCAAACCAGCCCGUUCCCCACAGUCAUCAAUGUAAUCCAAAAAAUAUUUAAGAGCAUAUUUCAAAGUCUCUCCAAAGUUAAGAACCUCCUCAGCUCCAGGCUCCCCCUGGCCCACUCCAACUUCAAUCUUCAAAAACAGUGGCUUAUGCUCCUGCAGGGCCUCGGAUCUCUCCAUUUGUAUUAUUUGAGGUGCAACCGCAACCUCCUCCAUGAUCUUCUGCACUUGCCCAAUCAAUACAGGUUCCUGAGUUGGUCCCUGAAUGGUUUCUGUAUCAAUAUUCCCUGUUUGUCCACAGUUAUUGACCAUAACAGUCAUCAAAUCCGUUUUCUCAUUCAUCAAAUCUAUCUUCUCAUGCAUCUGUUCCAACAAAGCACUUGUCUUGCAUAAAGCAAGCACCAAAACUUCCUCCCAGCUCAUGUUUAGUCAAGGUCAAAAGGACUGGUCCCACGAUCUUAAUCUCACAGCUGUAGAGUCCUCAAGUAGACUGCAGCAACAAUUUAGCAAGCUCCCUCUAGAGGAGACAAUUUCUAUUUGUAUCCAUCUUUUUAAAGCAAGUCCAACAAAGGAAAAUUACUUUCAUUUUUCAGAUAUUUUGUUUCUUUAGAAUGCAAAAGGCAACAUUGGAAUCAGUUUAUUUCUCUUCUUUAGCUAUCUGUCAAAGUAUUCCAUUCACAGUCAAUGAACCUCUCCAACAAUUUCAGUCUCUGACACCCCGUUUCCAGGUUAGAGACGGUGGAAACUUAUAUUUCUUCACUCCCUCUCCUGCAGGCAUUAAACAAAGUCCCCCCCCCUUUUCUCCUGCUUCCAAGGGGGUUUCAGUAGUUAUAAAUGAAGGAAAUUUAGACUUUUUUAAUGACUUUCCAGGCUUUAGCUUACAAGGUUUUUGCUUCAGUCUAUAUACAAAAAGUGGAAGGCGGACUUCCUGUUUUGAACCUUCCCGCUUCGGUGCCAAAUUAAGAUAUUUCUUGAUCCAAUUUUCCGUUUCUACUCACAGGUACUUGUUUUAAAUCCAAUUGUCCACAGGAAAAAGUCAGUGCUCUCCGGCAAUGGCUGUGCGGCUUCACUCCGUGAAAGUAGCAAUCAGUUCGCAGCACCGCGCCGCUCACCCCACUUCACUCCGGAACCCCAAAAUGGGGUUCCCCGUGAUUAGGGGGGGCGCUCCUGGUGCCCUGCCGAACCCCACGUUCCCAGGCUUCCUCCGCCUGGGAUUUCUAGCGGGUCCCCACCUUCGCCGCGGCGGGAAGACCCAGUUUCCACGGAGCCAGUUCCUCCAGUCGGCCUAUUUGGUACUUUCAAGCAAUUUCUAAUUUUUAAUAUUACAAUAUUUAUUCAAAUAGUCUUUAAAUUUCUUCCACUCUUCUUGGUAUUCCUUUUCUUUCUGGUUGCGGAUUCUUCCAGUAAGGUCAGCCAACUCCAUAUAGUCCAUCAUUUUCACCUGCCAUUCUUCCACAGUUGGUAAUUCUUGUGUUUUCCAUUUCUUGGCUAUUAAAAUUCGGGCAGCAGUUGUGGCAUACAAAAAUAACUUUACAUCUUUCUUGGGUAGUUCAAAACCUAUUAUUCCAAGUAGAAAGGCCUCUGAGUUUUUUUAUAAAUGUAUAUUUCAUCAUUUUAAAAAAUUCAUUAUAAAUCUUUUCCCAGAAGUCCUUCACCUUGGGACAGGUCCACCACAUGUGAUAAAAGGUACCUUCCUUUUCUUUACAUUUCCAACAUAAAUUAUCACAGUUACGAUAAAUCUUAGCUAAUUUAACGGGUCAAGUACCACCUAGACAUCAUUUUCAUAAUAUUUUCCUUUAACAUCGUACAUGCAGUAAACUUAACCCCUUUCUUCCAUAACUUUUCCCAAUCCUCCAUCAUUAUAUUGUGUCCCACAUCUUGUGCCCAGUCAAUCAUAACCGAUUUAACUUGUUCAUCCUUUGUAUGCCACUCCAACAACAAAUUAUACAUUUUAGACAUAUUCUUAACAUUAGUGUCCAAUUUGGUUUUUUCUGUUGCAAAACCAUUUACAGUGGUGCCCCGCAAGACGAAUGCCUCGCAAGACGGAAAACUCGCUAGACGAAAGAGUUUUCCGUUUUGGAGGUGCCUCGCAAAACGAAUCUGCAAUGGGCUUGCUUCGCAAGACGAAAAUGUCUUGCGAGUUCCUGGGUUUUUUCUCCUUUUCCCCUCUUUUCUAAGUCGCUAAGCCGCUUAUCUGCUUAUCUGAUAAGCUGAUAAGCUGCUAAAAGCCGCUAAAAGCCGCUAAUAGCGCUAAUAGCGCUAAUCCGCUAAUCCCGUCAAUGGGCUUGCUUCGCAAGACGAAAAAACCGCUAGACGAAGAGACUCCCAGAACGGAUUCUUUUCGUCUUGCGAGGCACCACUGUAUCUUAUCAAUCUUGAAUAGUUCAUUAAUUUGAUAGUAUUGAAGCCAAUUCACGUUAUCUUUGAUUUGUUCAAAUGGUUUUAUAUUUAACUCCUUCAUUGUCUUCUAACAAUAAAUCUGAAUAUCUCAACCAUUUAUUUUCCAUAUUUAGCUCUUUUUGGGCCUGUGCUUCCAUUGGUGAAAUCCAUUUGGGUGUUUUUCAUACCAAGAGAUCCUCCAUACAUUGUAUAGCACUUUUCUAAUUAUAUGAUUCUUAAAACCACUAUGGGCCUUUAUCUUAUCAUACCAUAGAUAUGCAUGUUGGGAUACUGCCAGGGAGACAAAGGCCAUCAGGAAGGCCUACACGUCGUCUCCAGACAAUCUCUUGGUCUCCUGUAGAACAGCAUCAGUCAAUUAGCGACACGAGCCUCAGACACAUUCCAAGACCCAUGAACGCCCUUUUCGCAGAGUUUCCACAACGGAAGAUUCACCCAGGAGAGCAUAUUUACAGCAUUAUUCAACGUUGGUCAGAACAAAGGAAAAACAUGACUGCUUGCAUCCAUGUCGAGGAAAACAGCAAGGACAAAAGCUAUAUACAAAACGGAAACUCCCAGUGAGCAGGAAGUACACAGGCAUGUGACACACAACAGCCUGUCCCCUUUUUAAGAUGGAACAGAAAUAUCCUAACAUCCUCCCCCUUUCCGUGUAACCUGUAGUACCUGUGGUUCAACCCAAUUGCAACCUCUGUACAUAAACCUUAAGUUGUUCUCUGUUAACAACCUUAGACAACAGAUCAGCAGGAAUUUCAUUUCCUGACAUGUAGGAUACCUGAAUGAGUCCUUUCUGAAUACACUCUCUUGCACGAUGUAGCUUAAUCUGCAAGUACUUGGUUCUUUGCUUGCAACUCUCUGAGUUCAGCAAAGCCAAACAGGAUCUAUUGUCUUGAUACACUUGUAUAGGACAUUUCACAGAAAUUCUGAUGUCCUGAAACAGUUGCAUCAACCAUUCACAAUCCAUGAGUGAAAAUGACAGAGCAUUGAGUUCUGCUUCACAGGAACUUAGGCUUACUGUCGUCUGCUUUUUGCACAGCCAGUCAAACAGAGAGUGGUUGUACAUGUGGCAUACUCCAGAAGUGCUUGCACCAUCCGUGGUGUCACUUCCAAAACUAGCAUCUGCAAAGAUUUCAAGACCUCCAGUCUUCUGACGGGUGAACCUCAGCCUGUAGUGCAAAGUCCACUUCAAAUAGCGGGCUAUGCGCUUCAGAGCUUUCCAAUCCUGAACAGUAGGAUUGUUGGCAUGUCUGCUAAUCAGGUUAGUGCUUACAGCUAUGUCAGGUCUUGAACAUCUAGCAAUGAAAUUCAGCUUGCCUAGAAUGCAUCUGUACAGUGUGGUGUCAGAAAAUGCUUCAGCAGUACUAUCUACCUGGUAACCUGUCACCAUCGGUGUGUCUGCUGGGUUUGCAACAACCAAAUUCAACCUGGUUAAUACAUCAGCAAUUUUCUGUGUUUGGUGUACCAGAAAAUUACCUGCUUGGUCACUCUCCACCUGCAGAGAAAGAUAGUUGGAUACCUCACCAAGAUCCUUCAUGUCAAAGUGCUCCUUCAGCUGAGCUAGGGUGCUUUGGUACAAAGCUUGAUUCUUCCAAAACAGAAGAAGAUCAUCAACAAAACACAAACAAUGCAGUUUGUUUUGCCCCUCCUCCUUGACAAACACACAUGGAUCAGCUUUGCCUUUGUGAAAACCUAGAGAAAGCAAUGUCUCAGUGAGUUUUGUGUCCCAACACCUGGCACUCUGCUUGAGACCAUAUAAGGAUUUCUGCAGUUUACGGACCAUUCCCUUCUGUAUCUGCAUUCCAUCAGGUGGAAGCAUAUACAGCUCCUCCCCCAAAACCCCGUACAAAAAAGCUGUUUUCACGUCGUGAUGAGAAACGUGCAGUUUCUCCUCUGCAGCAAUCUUGAGCAUUAGCCUAAUGCUCUCAUACUUGACGGUGAGUGAGUAGGUCUCGUGGUAAUCCUGUCCUGGUACCUGUGAAAAACCUCUGGCAACCAAUCUGGCUUUGUGUCUGACAACCUUGUCAGUCUGGUCUGUCUUGGCCUUGAAGACCCAUUUGCUGCCAGCCAGUCUCAUUCCUGGGACUACUGGGACUAGCUCCCAGGUUUGGUUCCUAUCCAAGGAAUCAAUUUCAGCCUUCAUGGCAUUAAGCCAUGGCUCAGCAUCUUUAGAGGUUAACUGCUGAACCUCUCUGAAGCUUGAAGGUUCCCACACCUUCUCUGAGCUACUAAGAACAGCAGUUGCUGUCUUAGCAAACUCAUCAGUAAAUCUCUUUUGACGUUUGCCUUUUGUGGCCCUUUCAGAUCUGCGUACUAGACGCAAGUCUUCUGCACUCAUCUCCUCCUUCUUAGGAGAAAAGUGACCAAUGGUGAACAGUGGUUCUUCCAGUUCAGUGUCAGACGCAUCAGAUAGUCUGACUGAGGCCUUUGCGCUCUUGUAGUCUGCUGUGUCAUCACUGUCACUGACAACAGCAGCAGCGCUGCCCACUGAGCUGGAAUCCGAGCUCUCAUCAUCAUCAUCCUCAGCUUCCUCUUCUACCUCAACAUCAUCUGCUUCUUUCACAUCAUCUUCAUCCUCCUUUUAGUGACUAUGGAAAAUUCCCACAUUUCCCCCCCACUUAGGAUUGUACUCAACACUCUUUGUGAACCUAUUGGACUUAGAAUCAGGCAAGAAUACCCUGUAUGCACCUUUUUCAUACCCCAUGAACAAACCAUGUGCCCCACGCUUCCCAAGCUUGCUGCUCUGUGGGGUGUAGACCCACAUGUCAGAACCAAAGAUUCUCAUGUGCUUGAUGUAAGGUUUCUUACCAAACAUCUUCUCAUAGAGAGUACAACCAAUAGGUGAUGAUAGUCUCCUGUUAUAGGAAUAAACAAACGUGUUCAAAGACUCCCCCCAAAACUUCUCAGGGAGAUUGGCAUCAUGCAACAAGGUUUUUAGGCCUUGCAGCAAAGUUUCGUUUGCUCGUUCACAAAGUCCAUUCAUCCAUGGAGAACUAGGAGUUGAGAGGCUAUGCUGGAUUCCCUUCUCAGUCAGGAAAGUUUCAAACUGCUGAGAAGUUAAUUCACCCCCUCGAUCAGUAAACAACCAACCAAUGUGUUUGUUGUGAACAUUUUCCAACCAAGCACAGAACUCCUUGAACUUAGGAAACGCUUCUGAUUUCUGCUGGAGCAUAAACACAUGAAUGUACCUGGAAAAAGAAUCAAUUAAAACCAUGAAGUACCUUGCUCCACCCAAAGAGGGCGCAAGUGGACCAACCAGGUCAGCGUGGACUAGCUGAUAGGGCUUGGAAGCCUGCCUGCUAGACACCUUGCCUUUUGGAGCAACCUUCACCUUGUUCUCUGCACAAGAUAAACAUUUCAUGUGAAACUUACAGGGCUUGAUGUUCCAACCCUGACCCAACCCAGGUAUUUUGGCCAGUGCCUGCCAAGACAUGUGACCAAAUUUUUGGUUUGCCUCAUGAAUACAUCCUGCAUGAAGAACUUUGUUAGUUUGUGCAACACAACAAGAUUCAACAUUAGACACAGCAACACCAUUGUCAUCAUAAGUUAUACAGAACAAACCAUCUAUAAACUUUGCAUGCGAAAUGCCCUCUUUGGCUUUCCUGAUGACACAGACGCUCUUCUUGAAGGAAAUCUCAAAGCCUCACCCAGUCAGCUGUGGGACGCUGAGCAAAUUGUCUGCAGCAUCUGGAACAUAAAGUACUUCGCUGAUGGUUGAGUGCAGACUUGCCAGUUUCACUGUCCCAACUCCUGUAAUUCUCAACGUCUUUCCAUCAACCUGUUGGAUCUCUCCAUCUUGAGGCAUGAAGGAAAUAAACAGCUGCCGAUCCUUCAUAAUGUAUGUGCUGGUCCAGGGGGGAGGUUACCGUGGGGCGAGGUCCAGGACCUGAGUAGAGGGUCACCAGACAGUCCUCCUCGGGCAAAGCAGGGUCCACAGUGAGAAGCCGGGCAAGGACAGGAACUCUGGGGGAACAGGACUGGAUGCUGGCCGAAACAGCUCAUCAACGACGUUGCUCCCGCAACCUGGGAACGGGCUGACUGGCCUUUAUCUUCUCUGAGGCCAGGGGCGGUCCCGGCCCCCAGGAGACCCGCCUCUCCUGGCCUUAAGGCGAGCACUCCUCCUGGGAGAAACCAGUUCUCUUCGCCUCUCUGCCCUGAGCCUCUGCAGUUCAGGAGAGGCUGAAGGGUUACUGGACCCAGGGGGAGACUCACCUGUAGGCACUGAGUCCUCAACCACCUCUGGAGCCAGAGUGGAUUCACCUGGUGCCUGCUCCUGAGGAUCCGGCGCCGGUGCAGGCGCUUCAGAAUCAAGGCCCUGCCCCAGUUCAGCCGGCCCUGGAGGCGGGGACUCCUGUGCAGGCUGGGAUUCCUCCGGUUCAGCCUCUGAAUCGGAUUCCCAGGCCAUCACAAUGUGCCUUGUCGCUCCAGAAUCGACGGCAAAUUUUCCUUUGGCCUUUGGAGAAGCAGUGCUAACAAACAAAGCCUUGUUUUUCAUUGGCCUAGGCUUUCCACCCCCCUUCUGUUUCUGGCCAUCUGCAGGCUGCUUCUUUGUUUAUUUCCAGUCUUUGGGCAAAAUUUCUGAAAAUGACCUUGGUUCCCACAGUUCCAGCACUUCACAGCUGCCAACGCCUUGGCUCCCCCUGGAGGCUGGAAUGCUGUCUCACAUUGCUCCCCCUGAAGCGCACAAGCUGACUCAGCUGCAUUCCUCCUAUCAUAUUCGUUUUGCAAGGUCGCCAAAACCUUUGUAGCAGUGAGGUCCUGCGCAGGAAGAGUUGCCAGCUGGCUUGCCACAACAUGAUAGCUUUCAUCCAGGGAGUCCAGGAUAAGGAUUGCAAACAGAGACUCAGGCAUAUUGAAACCUCUAUGAGUCAAUUCCUGUCUGAGAUGCUGCAAAUGUAAAACAUGGGCUCUAAGGUCUUCCCCUGGCUCCAAACGCUUCCUGUGCAGCUUUCUGAAGUAAAGCAACACAGACCCAGCUUCUUGUCGGAGAUGACAGGCCUUAAGCCCUUCCCACAUCUCACGGGCACUGGCCUUUCCAGCCAGGGUGAUUAACUCUUCAGGAGCUACCGAGAGCAAAAUUAUUCACAUGGCUCUUGAAUCCUGUGCCUCCCAUUCAUCUGUCAAAGGGGCUGGGGGGUCCUCAGAAAUAGUUUUCCACACACCAAGCCUUCUCAUCUGGCCCUCACAGUACCUUGCCCAGGUCUGAUAAUUGUGGCCAUUGAGCUUUGGGCACGGAGCACCAUCUGAGGCUUGUAAAAGCUCCAUUUCAGCUCUUUACUUCAGCCGUGAGCCUUAUUCACUUCAAAAGCUCCUUAUCUUUGGCAGCUCGUAAAUCAACGAGGCCUUCUUGCUCUCCUCCGGCCUAAUUAGUCUGCUGGACUUCAAAGACUCUGCCGUGGCACAGAAAAGUCUUGCUUUUCCCCACAUACCUUUUGCAGUCUUUUGCAGUCUUACUCUCCUGUAAGUGCUGUGAAUCUGGGCCUGUAACCUGUUGUUGGGAUACUGCCAGGGAGACAAAGGCCAUCAGGAAGGCCUACACGUCGUCUCCAGAUGAUCUCUCGGUCUCCUGUAGAACAGCAUCAGUCAAUUAGCGACAUGAGCCUCAGACACAUUCCAAGACCCAUGAACGCCCUUUUCGCAGAGUUUCCACAACAGAAGAUUCACCCAGGAGAGCAUAUUUACAGCAUUAUUCAACGUUGGUCAGAACAAAGGAAAAACAUGACUGCUUGCAUCCAUGCCGAGGAAAACAGCAAGGACAAAAGCUAUAUACAAAACGGAGACUCCCAAUGAGCAGGAAGUACACAGGCAUGUGACACACAACAGCCUGUUCCCUUUUUAAGGAGGAACGGAAAUAUCCUAACAAUGCAUGCCAACCAAAUCGAUUGUCCAAUCCCUCCAGGUCCAAAAUAUCUUCAUUGUCUAAUUUAAUCCAAUCUUUAAUCCAGCAGAAGGCCAUAGCUUCAAAGUAUAUCUUCAAAUCAGGCAGGGAAAAAACCCCUCUUUCUUUUACAUCCGUAAGUAGUUUAUAUUUAAUUCUAGGUUUUUUUUCCUGCCAGAUAAAUUUUUUCCUGCCAGAUCAAUCAGGGAUUGAGGACUAUAAACUUUGUACAAAAAUGGAAGUUUGGCAUUUCAACAUCCUACAGUGGUCAGUUCUUUUUGCUAAAAAUGUCUAUUGCUGCCACACAGAUUUUAUUUUUUACUGCCUGUCUGUGUUCCCUCCUUUCUGGAAUGGUCACAUGUGUGCUUAGAGCUCUCUUUGCCAUGGUGGUCUGCUCUUUCUUGCUCUUUCUUAUCUACUGCAGAGCUUUCCAAACUUUACAUGUUGGUGACACACUUUUUAGACAUGCAUCAUUUCACAACACAGUAAUUCAUUUUUUUACUAGCAAACUGGAGGUUAAACUAACUUCUUUCCAGCCCUGGGAGAAGCGUGGGAAGCAUUUGCAUGACACACCUACACACUGCAGCUGCCACAACACACAGUUUGGAGAGCUCUGAUCUACUGCUUAAUAUUUCAAAAAUCUUCUAAUCAGCAUUCAGUCUAAAAAAACAAACAGCAUGUCAUUAAAACUAAAACACAACCUUAAAAACAGCUAUAUGGAAACUACCGUAUUUUUCGCCCUAUAGGACGCACUUUUUCCCCUCCAAAAAUGGAGGGGAAAUGUGUGUGCGUCCUAUGGGGCGAAUGCAGAGCUAGCUGAAGCCUGGAGAGCGAGAGGGGUCGGUGCGCACCGACCCUCUCGCUCUCCAGGCUCAGGAGCUAUCCGCAAGCCUGGGGAGCUCCGUGGGAGUUCCGGUUGGGCUCCCCAGGCUUGCGGAUAGCAGCCUGCAUCCCGAAGCCUGGGGCACGCUACACAGCGCGCCCCGGGCUUCGUGCAGAUAUCGGGCAGCCCCACAAGCUCGGGGGACAGCGGGGAGUCACAGCACGCCUUCCCGCUGUUCCCCGACCUGGUUUGGAGGCUGGCGCUGGGGCGAAGCGGGCUUCUCCCCAGCGCCAGCCCCACAAGCUCGGGGGACAGCGGGGAGUCGGAGCGUCGACAUCCCGCUGUUCUCCAACCUGGUUUGGAGGCUGGUGCUGGGGAGAAGUGCACAUCUCCCCACCACCAGCCCCACAAGCUCGGGGGACAGAUAUCCGCAAGCCUGGGGAGACCGGCGCGACCUCCCGCCAGGCUCCCUAGGCUUGCGGAUAGCAGCCUGUUCUGGGGGCUGGGGUCGGGGGAAGCUCGGGCAUCUCCCACCCCAGCCCCGCGCCUGGGGGGGGGGGAAAUAAAUUUUCCCCCUUUAUUUCCCCCCCAAAAAACUAGGUGCAUCCAUUGGCUGGUGCGCCCUAUGGGGCGAAAAAUACGGUACAUAAAAACAUAUAAACUUAAUUUUCCUGAAAGCAGAUAACUACACUUACCAAAUCCUGUUAUCUUUGAAAUUCAUGAGUCUAUGAGUGAUUUUGUUUCUUUUUGGACUCUUAGUGGAGCGUCCUUCUCAGAGUGCUCUUCCAGCUUCCAUGCUCCAGAAAACAGCCAAGAUUUCCUCAGCUGUUUCAAAAGUGAGCCCUUCCCAGGUAAUUAGAAGCUGACCUGUCUGUCCUUCCCAGGUAAUUAGAAGCUGACCUGUCUGACAGGAAACAUAUUGUUCCAUCUCAAAAACAAGGAUCAAAUCAGACAAAGCUUACUACGUGAACAUAGCUGCUUCUAUCUCACACAGCUUCUCUCUGGAAGAUUGAAAGAGUCUCUGAGCAGAUUUGGUAAAGGGAGACAUUCAGUUAUGUGAGUGAACCCCAAGAGUGUGUUCCUGUGCAUAUUAGGUGGUUAUUUAGCAAGGAAGACAUUUUAACUGUGACUCCUGGUGGAUAUGUGGCUCAGGGUGCCUAAACACUGUUGGGGGAUGGGGUGGGGGUUGCUUAGGAGUUUUAUGGGGGGCAGGUUUUAAUUUUGGGGAGGCUUAAUUUUUCUUGUCCUUAGUAUUAAUUUUUUGUACCAUUAUUGUCAGACCCACCCUUAUAGAAAAGCAAAUUACAAACUUUAUUUACUUGUGUUUUGCUUUCAACACACACGCUCCCCCCUUCCUCCCUCUCUUCCUUUAAUAUGUUCAGAAGUUUUCUUGUUUUAUCUCUCAUAGCAGAACAUUUUAGUUCUAAAAUUCCCCAUCAAACAAUAAUAAAGCAUUUGUGCCUUGCAGGGCCAGCAGCAACCACCCACUGCUGGGGUGGAGAAACAGGCUCACCAGUGGAAGGAUUCAGAUCCUGUCAUCAUAGGAAUCAGGGAGGAGGUGAGGCUUUCUGGAGCUAUGAUGUACUGCUCCUCCCCGGGUCACCUUUCUUUGAACCUGGGUGUCAGGGAACUGCCAUCAGUGCCGGAGGGAGAGAGCAAAAUCCAGAGGGAUUCCGGAGAGCAUUCCGGGAUUGGGAGAGGCAGCCCAUCCUCUGGGGAAGAUAAUCAGCGUCGCACCAGUGGAGAAGGGGGGCAGAUGGGGGAAGCGGCGAGGCGGUCCCAUGACGCCUUGCCUGGGACGACGGGGAGAGUAGAGGUCCUCCGCUGCCUACGCCCUCCUUGCGCAGAAGGCUUCCGCGCAGAGAGACUAGGAGGCGACUAAGCGUCAAAGAGCUUCUUUGCUGGAAGAAGUUUAAGAAACGCCCACUGACGGAUUCUGCCAGCGAUUGAGACAGCCACGGGUGAGUGGCUGUCCGGACAGAAAAGGUUCAUUCAGGCAAUCCAGCCAGGUGUUUGAACUGGCUUACGCACGAGCAACCCCUAGAACCAUUACAGCAAUCCGUCAGUCCCUGACGUUGCUUGUGCGCAGCACCGGAGAGGCAGCACGAUGAGCCAAACGGGGCCGGCCGGAGAGACAGAGCAAGAAGCCAUGGUGCGAGGUCUGGUCGAGAGGAACCGAGACCUGGAGGCACAUGUCGCUACCCUGUCAGCGCGGCUGGAGGAGAGGCGGGCUCAGGAUGCACAGCUUAGAGCCACCCCUAUAGGGAGGAAGGCACCGGGGCUGGUACACAAGUUCAGUGGAACGUCCCAAGACUACAAUGCCUUCCGGACGGAAAUUCAGUACGCUUUGGAAUUGCAGGAAAAAGACUUAGCGGAUGACGGAGAGAGGGUGGCUUACAUUAUUGGACAUCUGCAGGAUGGGGCGCGCGAAUGGAUCAGGCCCUUGAUGGCAUCGGGGAAUGACGCUUUGAAAGAUCUUAAGAAAUUCUACCUUGUGAUGGACGCGAUGUUCUCCAGUGAGAUUGAGCAAAGCGUGACACGGAGGGAGCUGAUGGGGUGCAAGCAGGGGAGCCUGUCCGUCAGAAACUACUGGUCGCGUUUUGUGAUGUUAGUCCACAAGCUCGGGUGGGAUCUGGACUCUGAACCAGUACAAAUGUUGUUUGAAGCGGGUCUGGCCCCCGGAGUGAAAGACGAGUUGUCCUGAGCACCCCGCCCGCGGUCAAUGGAUGAACUCACAAAGGCUGUGCUUGCGAUUGGUGUACACCAGGAAGCGCGGGCUCAGGAAAAGCGGGAGAUAAGGGCGAAACGUUUCCAUGAAAACCGCAUUCCGGAGAUGCCGAGGGAGCCUUCCCAGGCGGCGGAGCCGAUGGAAAUUGAUGGAGCGCGCGCGCAAAAUUUCAAACGCUGGGGAAGGUCGGAGAAGGGAGGCGAAGGAGUGGAAAACUACCAAGAAGUGUUUCCUUUGUCAGAGGCCAGGACAUUUUGCAAAGGUCUGCCCUCAACGAAAAGCCUGGCAAGGCAUGAUGGGGGCUGCAGGCCACGACAGUAAGGGGGAGGAAGAGCAGGUGCAGGGAAACGACAACGCCUGGCUGCCAACCAGCAGGGGCAGCAGCCAGGCCAGCAACCAAUAGAAGUGCCCCAGCCUGCCCCCCCCCCAAAGCCGCUAUAGCCAUAGAGGUGGUGCUAGAACUCCCAAAUGGGCACCCCGUCAAAGUCGAGGGGCUGCUAGAUUCUGGCAGCUCGUGUAAUUUCUUCAGCAGAGACUUCGCUCUGGAGCACCAGCUCCACCUGUUGCCACUAGAUUUUCCCUUGCAGGUGAACACCAUAGAUGGCAGGGAACUACUGGGAGGGGAAGUGACACACCAGACACCGCCAAUGCGAAUGAGGGUCUCCAGACACACAGAGACCAUUGCCUUUCACGUGGCCACGCUGGCAGGACCCCUGAUAAUACUGGGAAUGAGCUGGCUGGCAAUACAUGACCCAGUGGUGUCAUGGCAUCAGCGGUUGGUCACCUUUGGGUCAGCUUACUGCUUAGAACACUGUCUGGGAGGGAAAGAACCAAGAAGGACUGUGGCCAGGGUGGCUGGGGUGACCCUGGAGCAAAAGAGGGAGGUGCCACCACAAUAUGCGGAUUUGAAGGAGGUCUUCAGCGAGAGGGAGGCAGACAGACUGCCCCCCCCACAGGCCAUUUGACUGCCAAAUCAACCUGCUUCCAGGGGCUCAGUUACCGGUGGGUAAGCUGUAUGCCAUGUCCGACCGGGAGAUGCAGGAGUUGCGGCAGUUUAUUGACAAGAACCUGAAGAGGGGUUUCAUAAGGGAAUCGAAGGCGGUGGGAGGCAGUCCAGCGUUCUUUGUGGACAAAAAAGAGACUAAUCAGCCCAGAUUAGUCGUGGAUUACAGGGCCCUAAACCUGGUGUCAGAACCCGUGACUUUCCCAAUGCCCAGGAUUGACGAUAUUUUGACACGUGUGAGGCAGGGGAAGAUUUUUACCAAGCUGGACCUCAGGGGAGCAUACAAUCUGAUUAGGAUAAGGGAGGGGGACGAAUAGAAAACGACCAUGUUCACCCCCCGGGGGCUUUUGAGUACUUAGUCAUGCCAUUUGGAUUACAAUCGGGGUCCGCCUGCUUUCUUUCUUUCUUUUUUUUUUAAAUGAUGUUUAUUGAAAUUUCAAAAAAUACAAAGCUUACCCAAAACCAAAAAGUAGAAAAUACAAAAGCUUACACAAAAAAAAUACAAAAAAUAAAAAUAAAAAUAUGAGAAAAUAGAAGAUACAGAAGAAAAAUAGAAGAAAACAGAAUAAAUUCAUUAUUUUCAGAUCCUUAACUGUCAUUACCUUCUUUCUUAGACCUCCUCCUCCUCCCUUCCUUUGUAUUCUAGUUAUUAAUUAUCCCAGCAAAUCCUUUCCUUUCCAUAUUUCAAAAAAAUAAAACAUAAAAGGAAUUCUCAACUAAUUUAAUCCUGUCUUUCUAUAAUAAAAUAAACCUUAAAGUUUAAAAUUUAAGUCUUAACUUUACCAACUUCUUGUGUUCAUAAUGUUCUUUCAUAAUUCUUUAUGCAUCUUUACUAAAGCCAGGUAAUUUCUUCCAACAUUUUUCUAUCAUUCAUUUUUCUAUCAUUCUAUCAUUCAUCAACUUUAUAAAACAUUCUAUUAGUUAAAAAAAUAAAAGGAGAAAAAAGCAUAUAAACAAGUCCAAUCUUUAUCCAACGUCCCUUCCUCCUGGUUCCGGGAUUUGUCAGUCCUUAUUCCUCAAUCUAACCCGGUGACCUUAUGUCCGAGGCCCUCAAGUCACUUCCAUGGCCCUUCCGCGGCUUUUCUUCAUAUUUGUGGCUGUAGUCACUUGCUCGUAAUAACUCCAACUUAGUAGUGUUUUUAGCCCUUCUCAUCAGAUCAGACCCUUUUCCGUAUUCAUCGCUGCAUUCCAUGUAGUAUUUAAGAGCAUGCUUCAAGGGCCCUCCGAAAUUGUGGGCCCCCACAAUUCCAAACAUAUCGCAGCCUGUUACUGUAUUUAAAAAGUCCAGAUAUCCCGACAUAGGGGGGUCAAUCCAGCCCCCCAUUUCCAAACCACACCGAACUUUCCCUUCCCAGAUUUGGUUUUUUCCAGGUUCCUUUAUCAAAUCCGAAGGAUCAAACUCCUGUUGGGACUGUUCUGUCAAGACACACUCCUGAUUUAAUGCCACAAACCCCUGUUCUGUCAAAACACACUCCUGGUUUGAGUCCUGGAUAGACUCCACAUAUAUUCCCACAGUCUGGUCAAAACCUUCCACUGCCUGUCGAUUUCCAGUCGAAUUGGCCAUCCGGUUCACCUUAUCAUGUAAUUCUUCCAGUAGAAUAUUUGUUUUAUAAAGCAGGCACACCACAACUUCUGAAAACAUUGUCACGCUUUCCCACGGUUAUUUUGUAGCAGCUGUCAAGUCCUUGAAAUUAGUUACAGUUUCAAAGGCUCCCCCUAGGGGGAAGACUUAUAUUUGUUUUUGCUACAUUUCCAAAAUACUUGAAAUACUUUGUCCAUAUAUAUUCCUUUAAAAUGCAAAAGGGAACAGUAAAGUCACAAAGAUUCUCUUCUUUUAGCUAUCUGUCACACACAGUUAUCUUGAUAAAUUCACGUCAGUCCUGACUUCCCCGCUCCAGGAUCAGGACGAAAAUAACUUCCUUUUACUACUUCAAGUAGUCCAAAAAAAAAUAUUCCCAAUUUAGAAUGUUGGAAUCCACUCUUUUAAAAGCGAUUUUCAAAGCUCUAGUGUAAAUUGCCUUUGCUUUGUUCUAUUUACAAAAGAACGGAAGGGUGACUUCCUGUUUAGCCCUUCCCGCUCCGUACCGAAUUCAAUAGAUUUUUUUCUUUCUUUUUUUAAUAGUCCAAUUCUGUCCUUUUCAAAAAUCUUCAUUUACUGUCCCAUUUGUUCAAAUUCUAAGUACUCACGGGUAUUUGUUUUAAAGUCCGAAUUGUCCAGGAAAAAAGGCAGCGCUCUCCGGCAACAGCUACGCGGCUUCACUCCACAAAAGAAGCAGACGACUCACAGCACAGCGCCACUUCCCCGCUCUGUUCCGGAGCCCGUUGCCGGGUUCCUUUGCAGAUUGGGGGGGCGCAAACAGUGCCCGCCGAGUCCCAGGGUCACAGGCUUCACCCGCCUGUGAUUUAAAGGGUCCCCGCUGCGCCGAAGCGGUGUCAGACCCAAUUUCUGUGGAGCAGAUUCCCUCCGAAUUAGAGGGAAUCCGCCAUUGCCGUUGGCGCCACCUCCGGAAGUCGGGGGGUCCGCCUGCUUUCAAGCAUUCAUGCACCAUGUGUUGGGGCCCCUGCUGUACAAGAAUUGCGUAGCCUUUCUGGAUGACGUCUUAAUCUAUCCGGACAACGAAAAGCAACACGUCAGAGACGUCAGGGAGGUGCUACAGAGAUUGAAGAAGCAUCAGUUGUGGGUCAAGCUGGAAAAAUGCCAAUUCCACGCCAGGGAGGUCGAGUUCCUGGGGUACAGGUUGUCAGACAAAGGACUAGCCAUGGAUCCAGGCAAGAUGAAGGCAGUGCUGGAAUGGAAGGCCCCCCAAAACAGAAAGGAUGUGCAGAGGUUCCUAGGCUUCAGCAACUUCUACAGGAAGUUCAUAAAGAAUUUCGCUCACUUGACAGCGCCCAUAACGGAUUGUCUUAGUAGCAAAAAGAAGUUUGCGUGAACAGAGGAUGCGCAGCAAUCCUUUGAAAAACUGAAGAAGGCGUUCGCCUCGGAAGAGCAGCUCCUGCACGUGGAUCCGGAGAAGCCCAUGAGACUGGAGACGGAUGCGUCUGACCGCGCGAUCGGAGCAGUCCUUUUGUAGCCCGGGGCCAAGCAGAACUGGAUGCCGUGUGCCUUUUUCUCUAGGAAGCUGAGCAAGUCGGAACAAAACUACACGGUGUAUGACCGAGAACUGCUUGCGAUCUAUACGGCAUUUCGGCAAUGGAGACAUCUAUUGAUAGGGGCGCGGCACAAGAUCCAGGUCCGAACUGACCACAAGAACUUGGAAUAUUUGCGGACCGCGCGGGUGCUCAACCAGAGGCAGAUCAGGUGGUCUCAGGAGUUCGCCAAGUUUUUCUUCGAGAUCCGAUACAUGCCGGGAGAGGAAAACGUAAGGGCAGAUGCUCUCUCCCGGAAACCGGAGUACAUGGAAGGAGAGGGGCCACCAGAGACCAGGCACGUGUUCCCCGAGGACCGGUGUGUGUGUGUGGGGGAGCAUUGGUUGGGAAACGAGAACUGGCAGGGCUCACCAGAGACAAUGAGUUUGCUCAGACAAAAAUCAGGGAACUCAGGGACGGGAAGGAAGUCAAUGGAGGGUUUGAGGAAAAGGAAGGACUACUGUACUAUAAGGGGGCGCUGUAUGUACCUGGGGAGACUUUGAGGGGGAAAGUACUUAGACAACUCCAUGACAACCCAACAGCUGGGCACUUUGGACAGCACAAGACUAUGCUACUUGUCACCAGGCAGUUCUGGUGGCCAAAGGUGAGGGAAGACGUAAGAGAAUAUGUACGAGGGUGCGACCGAUGCCAGAGGGCAAAGGGGGGAAAGGGCUGCCCCCGCGGGGCUACUGGAACCCUUGCCUACACCGGAAAGGCCCUGGGAGGUGGUGUCCAUUGAUUUUAUGACAGAUCUGCCCAAGUCAAGGGGAAAGACAGCGGUCAUGGUAGUGGUCGAUCUACUGACUAAAAUGUGCCAUUUCGUAGCUUGCUCACAUGCAGCAACGGCAGAGGAGACAGCCAGGCUGUUUGUGGAUCACAUUUUCAGACUGCAUGGGGCUCCAUUGAGGGUAAUCUCAGAUCGCGGGAAACAAUUUACUUCCCGGUUCUGGCGGAGACUCAUGAGCUUGCUACAGGUCGAGGUGAGCUUCUCGAUGGCGAGGCAUCCAGAAACCAACGGACAAGCCGAAAGAGCGAACGGCAUACUCCAGCAGUACCUGUGCUGCUAUGUCAGCGAGAGGCAGAACGAUUGGGUAGAGAAAUUAGCUUUGGCUGAAUUUGCGUACAAUAACGCUGAACACGUGUCCACGGGAAUGAGCCCUUUCAUGGCCAAUUACGGGUGUCACCCUAGGGCCUUCCUGGGGCGGGGGUAGGAAGGAUGGAGUGUACCUGCGGCUGAGCAAUUUGUGGAGGAAAUGGAGGCCUUACACCAGCAACUCAGGCUGAACUUGGAGCGGGCGAAGGAAGUCUACAAGAGGCAGGCGGACAGGCACUGUCGAGAGGGGGAGGCCAUACGGGUGGGAGACCGGGUGUGGUUGUCAUCCCAAGGGUUACCCCUUAAGGGAGGGUGCAAGAAGUUGCAGCCUAGGCGGCUGGGGCCGUUUGAGGUAAUGCAGCAGGUUAACCCCGUGGCAUUUAAACUCAAGUUGCCUGACAGCAUGAAGAUAUAUCCGGUGUUCCAUAGGUCCCUACUUUCACCUUAUAGGGAGGGGCGGGAAUUCCCGGGACGGGAGGGAGGGGUUACUACCCACCCGUGGGUAGAGGAGAGGGAACACUGUAACGAAGCCACGGAAAUACUCGAUUCAAGGUGGCGAGGUCGCCAGGUAGAGUACUUGGUAGCCUGGGAGGGGGAACCUAGGUCUGAAAACACUUGGGUCCCGGCUGAAUCAAUCACUGACGGGUAUCUGGUGGAAGAAUUCCACAGUUUGUUCCUGGAGAAGCCCAAACCAUUAGCUAGAUUCUGGGAGGAACAAUUUGGACCCACAGAUGACGAAGGGGACUUUGUGGGUUUCCCUGCCUCCGAAGAGGAGGGAGGGGAGGUGUCCGAGGGAGAAGGAUCAGACUGGGAGGUUCAACCAGCAGGGAGAAGUCCGAGUGGAUGGGAGGCUGGUUUUGAAUCCUCAGAAGGUGAUGACAGUUCCUUCAGGGGAUUCCCCGCAUCGUCGACCGAGGAGAGAGAGGAGGUUGUACCGGAAAAUUGCGCCAGGGGUGGGGGUGGGGGUCCUGAGGAGGAGGUGGAUGUCAGGGAACUGCCAUCAGUGCCGGAGGGAGAGAGCAAAAUCCAAAGGGAUUCCGGAGAGCGUCCUGGGAUUGGGAGAGGCAGCCCAUCCUCUGGGGAAGAGAAUCAGCGUAGCACCAGUGGAGAAGGAGGGCAGAUGGGGGAAGCAGCGAGGCGGUCCCAUGACGCCUUGCCGGGGACGAGCGGGGAGAGUAGAGGUCCUCUGCUGCCUACGCCCUUCUUGCGCAGAAGGCUUCCGCGCAGAGAGAGUAGGAGGCGACUAGGCGUCAAAGAGCUUCUUUGCUGGAAGAAGUUUAAGAAACGCCCACUGACGGAUUCUGCCAGCAAUUGAGACAGCCACGGGUGAGUGGCUGUCCGGACAGAAAAGGUUCACUCAGGCAAUCCAGCCAGGUGUUUGCACUGGCUUACGCACGAGCAACCCCUAGAACCAUUACACUGGGCUCCAUAUGAAGUUGGACUUCAACGUUCAUCAAUGGUCAGAGGAUGAUGGGAGUUGUAGUCCAACAACAUCUGGUGGGCAACAUGUUUGCUGUCCGUACUGUUCUUCCCCAACCUGAGCUCUCAAUGGUUGGGUGUGUCGUCAUUUAACAUGCAUGAACUACUGAACUUGUUCCUGUAGAUUGUACAUUUCCAGAAGGAGAUGGAAGAGCUGAAAGGCAGGACAGCCAAAGCUGCCAUCGAAGUGGGCACCGAGGAAGAGGAGGAGAUGUUGAGGAUGGCGUCAAACGACCUUCACACUUUCCUUUUGGAGAUCAAAGAGACAACAGAGGUAAGAGGAUUUGGGGGAGGAUGUAGCCUCCAGUUGAGAAAUGAAAACAUACACUCAAUUACGAAACAAUGGAGUGAACUAACUACUGUAUUUAAUAAGUGGGACUUGAGGGGCGGCAGGAAUCAGAAGGCCAUUUCAAACCACUCACUGUGCUUUAUGAUACUGAUUUGGCAACUGUUUCAGGCAAAGCUGAAAAUAAAAUAUAUACACCACACAAUGAAGAAUACAACACCCACCUUGAAUUACCAGGGCUACCAAACAGAGCAGACAUGGUUAGGAUUACACAGAAAAUGUCACAGUCUCAGCAAUAGUAAUACCACCAUAAUCGUCCCAUGCAAUCAACAGAAUGAGAAGUUCUUCAAUUUGUAAAAACCAGGACAUAACAAGUAACCCACUCUCAGCCCUGAGCUAAUUGAGCAUGAAGGAAAACUUGGUUGCUGAAAACAAUAUGCUGUGCCUUAAUAAACCACUUCACCCUUGGCUGCACGCCACAUGUAUUUUCCUUAUUUAUCAUACUUAUCCUAUUCCCAUCAGAUUGCACUCUUGAGGAGGAAGUUUGAAAGGGGGUUUGGUGUUCCUGAAGGAGACAUACUCUCUCCAUUGUGUUGCCUCCGGUAAAUAGGUUUGCUGGGUUUUGGGGAACCGUCCCACAAACCUUUUUUGAGCUAGAGACAAAAGUGAGAUGACAGAAAUGUGCAUACAGUGGUACCUCGGGUUAAGAACUUAAUUCGUUUUGGAGGUCCAUUCUUAACCUGAAACUGUUCUUAACCUGAGGUACCACUUUAGCUAAUGGGGCCUCCCGCACUCCCGCCACGUGAUUUCUGUUCUCUUCCUGAAGCAAAGUUCUUAACCUGAGGUACUAUUUCUGGGUUAGUGGAGUCUGUAACCUGAAGCGUCUGUAAACCGAGGUACCACUGUACAGCAUAGUUCCAUCUUCUGGUUAAAGAAGCUUAGUACCAUGUCUGAACUGAUAACCAUAAUUUGUGACUGCCUUGGAAACCAUGGUCUGAAGGCUGUUUGGGUUUUAUUCUUUUGGCAAAUCAUAUAUAUUUACUGAAUGAUUUUUAGCCACUUCUUGUUCAAACUUCUCAGAACGACUUUAGAGCAAAAACCCACAGCAAGCCACUUAAAAAUUCCAGUGGGAGUAAAAUGUCUGGUUUUGAGCUAGGACUGAAAAUAAAAUAAAGACAGCAUCAAGCAAACAGUUUGCCACAGUUGAAGCCUCUAGACCAGGGGAGGGCAGGCUUCCAAGAUCUGUUGUUGCUUUUGCUAGAAUCCUGAUAUUCAAACAGAACAGUUGCGAAAGGCACACACUUAAGGACAAAUCCCUAGGCUUAGUUUUCUUUAAUGUUGAGUACCAGAACAGAACAGCACCAUCAGUCCUUCUCACCCAAAUCCACCCUGGUUACCUUCUAGCCCAGGCUUUCUUCAUUUCAGUAAUAUAUAAUGGGGCAGGUUGCUAAUGUUAUUGUUGCCACUGUUUUUGUUCUAUUUAUGUUGGGCUUUUGUUUUUUUAAGUGCUUUGUUUUGUCUAAUUAGUUUAGCUAUGGUUAUGGGGUGGCAUACAGAUGCCAAAAAUUUAAAAAAGAAAUGAACAGGGAAUUGGGAUGCAGACCGGCUUGUAGAAGCCUUGUGAUUCGUUAGGUCCCACCACCCCUGCCCCUGAAAUGUAGAAUCCUGUUUGUGGCAGCAGUUUGUGCUGCUGAACUGUGUUGUUGCCCCAGUAUAGCUUUCUUCCAGACCUGAUGAAUUAACAUUUCUGUGGAAAAGCCACAUAUGUGUUUUGUGACAAAGAGUUCCACCUACUUCCUGGUGGGUCUUCCUCUCCCUUUGUUCUUUUCUUGUAGUCCCUUCAUGCAGACUUUAGCCUCCUGAAGACAAGCCUGCUGGAGGGGUUUGCAGGGCUGGAAGAAGCAAGACAGAAGGACAUGUGUGCUCACAGUGCUGAAUAUCUGCACCUGCUCUAUAAGAGGCCUUUGGACCCAAAAAGUGAAGCUCAACUUCAGGUAGGAUCCUUGAUAGGGCAAGGGGGUCAGAGCUUUGGGAGCCAGGGGGAAAUUAUAAAUGCCUGCUAGGGAGGCAGAGGAUGUUCCAAACCCCAUGGUCCCCAGCAGGUAAUGGUACCUGUUCCAGUUAGAGAUGUCACGUAAGCUGCUCCAAUCUUUAGCAAGCAUUCUCUGCUGCUAGUUGCUCUCUUCUCAGAAGUUAAGCGUGUUUGCUUGGAAAUGUUUUGGUAAGAGCUUUGGACAGUGUAUAUGAAUCUCUUAUCUCUUCCCCUCCUCUUUUUACUUCCCCAAGAGCCCUGUCAAGUAGAGUAGGCUGAGAUAUGGUGAGUGGCCCAAGGCAACCCUGUGAGUUUCAUGUCUUUGGAUAUUAGAACCUGGGUUUCCCUAGUCUUAAAAAGGUAAAGGUAAAGGGACCCCUGACCAUUAGGUCCAGUUGCGGACGACUCUGGGGUUGCGGUGCUCAUCUCACUUUACUGGCCGAGGGAGCCAGCGUACAGCUUCCGGGUCAUGUGGCCAGCAUGACAAAGCCGCUUCUGGUGAACCAGAGCAGCGCAUGGAAACGCCGUUUACCUUCCUGCCAGAGCGGUACCUAUUUAUCUACUUGCACUUUGACGUGGUUUCGAACUGGUAGGUUGGCAGGAGCUGGGACCGAGCAACUGGAGCUUACCUCAUCACGGGGAUUCGAACCGCCGACCUUCUGAUCAGCAAGCCCUAGGCUCUGUGGUUUAACCCACAACGCCACCCGCGUCCCUUUUUAGUCUUAGUCAAUCUCUUUAUCCACUACCCCAGGGCAGCUAUGUUUUGGUCCUUACAGCUGUUGGUGAACCACAACUCCCAGCACCCCUGACUGUUGGCCAGGCUGGCUGGGACUCAUGGGAGUUGGAGUCCAACCACAUGUGGAGAACCACAGGUUCUCCAUUACACUGUACUGCUUCUCUGUGAAUACAUGUGCAAUUCCCCAGAUUGGAUGGAAACUAUUUGUAGACUGGAUUGGGUUUUGUGACUACCAGUUGACAGUCCCUAUUAUUUUUGCUAAAGUGGUCAUGGCCCAGAUGUAGAAAAUUUCCUUUGCAUGCAGAAGGUCCCACCUUCAAUCCCUGUCAUCUCCAGGUAGAGUUGGGAGAGAACCCUGUCUGAAACUCUGGCGAAGUGUUCCAGUCAGUGUAUCCAAUACUGAGCUAGUUGGACCAGUAGUUUGACUCAGUACAAGGCAGCUUCCUGUGUAAAUUGGCUGUUGAUUCAGAACCAUGAGGACUAGAAUCUUCCUUAUGUUUAGGGGGAAAUCAAUAGCCCAGUGGUAGAGCACCUGCUUUGCAUGUAGAAAGUCCCAGAUUCAGUCCCCAGCAUAUCCAAGUAGGGCUGGGAAUGUUCCCUGCCUGAAACUCCUGAGAGCCACUGCCAGUCAGUCUAGACAGAACUGAGCUAGAUGGACCAAUGGCCUGACUCAAUUUAAGGCAGCUUCCUACAUUUCUGGGGUGAGCAAUGCCUCUAUUGUACGAUUCUCUAAAGGGCAAAUUGUUGACCCGCUGGCCUAGAGGCUGUUCUUUAAGCCAAUGUCAUCUUCUCAACAUUUUUCUUUGCUCCAUCUUCAAACAUGGAAGGCAAAGUUUUUGUAAUGAAGUGCCAGUUUAAUAAUUCCAACCCAAUUUUUAUAAAGAAAAAGUGGGUUCAUCAUCGGGGAUUGUUUUAUCACCACCAAGUGCCAUGCUGCUCAAUGUGACGGUUUUACAAGGACUUGAGCUGCUGCAGUUAAUUUCAUGGAUGGGGAGGCUGGAAGCCAAAUGGGCUUGUAAAUACUGGGUUGCCGCAGGGAGUUCCUGCCAAUGUGCAAAAAGGUUUUUUCGAACAAGAGACUUCACCUCACUCUGCUUGCGCUUCUCCUCCCCUGGGGUGUCAGAAGUUAAACAAGCUAUUUCUCCCCUGAACUGUAAAAUAUUGAACUGAGCCUUGGCUGGUAUUGUGUAAUUGACACAGCUUGGAUGCAUGAGGAUAAUGUGGGAUGCGACCUCUGAGCAGGAACCAUAAUUAAAACAGUACCUUAGAAGGCUGAAUGUAAGGUCAGGGUGUUAGUUAAUCUCUUAUUGCCCUUGGGGGAUACCUCCCUUGCCAUAAGAGCCCUGCUGGAUCAGGCCAAAGGCCUACCUUCUCCAGCCUCCUGUUCCUACAGUGCCCAACCAGGUGCCCCAGUGGGAAGACCACAAGCAAAAUUGGAGUGCAGCUGCGCUGUCCCUACCUGCGAUUCCCAGCAACUGAUCACUGGUCAACAACAAAUUUGUUGUCUGCGUUUUUCAGAUGAUUUAGGACGAAUCUGAUGCGCUGAAUCCAAAAUUCACAUUGGUUUUGCUCAAUCAGGUGAAGUUUUUGAGCUAUGGCCACAUGUCUUUUUUUACGUUUUUGUUCACAUGUACGCUUGUGUGGAGCAUUUUAGAAGAAGUUGCUGGGGGUAAAAUGCCAUGUCGAAUAAUUGUUUUGAUUGGAAAUGAUUACUUUAAUGACAAGAAGUAUUCAGGUCCGAUAGUUCUGGGUGAUUAUGUCGAAAAGGGAUCAGUUUGAAGUCAUAAAACCUCGAAAUCUUCCAUAAAUUGGUGCGGCAAAUCAUAAAGUUGGGGGAUCAAAACUAAGUUAAUCCUGAUCUUCAAUCAGCACAUCGUCCUGUAGCUCAUUGUGAUGAAAUUCCAGUGCCUAUCUUGGAGAACUUCCUGACAUUAGUGACGAAGAUGCCUCCAGGGUUGAAGGACAUGAAGAAGAAGAAGUGGUUCUUGAAGAUGAUGCUCCACAUCCAUUUUCCCAAAAGGAGUUGAAUGAUCUAGUUCACGACCUCAGCUUGUCAAAGGACUCUGCCGAACUGUAGGCAUCCAGAUUGAAGGAAAAAACCUGCUCUCUGACAGUGCUCGCAUCAGCUUCUUCCGCAACAGGCAUCAAGAGUACCUCCGUUUUUUCUCAGAAGAGGAGGACUUGGUGUACUGUGCAGAUAUUGCGCAGCUUCGGCUCAAGCUUGGAGUGCCACAGUACGAACCCAAAGAUUGGAGACUGUUCAGUGACAGCAGCAAGCGAUCACUGAAAUGUGUUCUGCUACACAACGGCAACCAGUUUGCCUCUAUACCCCUGGCUCACUCAAGUACACUGAAGGAGAAUUAUGAAGCGGUGAAGUAUGUGCUGGAGAAAAUUGGUUAUGAUCAGCAUAAGUGGUUUAUUUGUGUUGACCUGAAGAUGGUGAACUUUUUGUUGGGACAACAGUCUGGCUUCACCAAGUACCCAUGUUUUCUGUGCAUGUGGGAUAGUAGGGACCGUGCUCAGCAUUACACGAAGAAGGACUGGCCGUUGUGGGAGAAAUUGGUGCCUUGCAAAGAAAGGAACGUCAUCAAUGACCCUCUGGUGGACAGAGACAGAAUACUUUUCCCACCGCUGCACAUCAAGCUGGGCUUAAUCAAGCAGUUCACCAAGACUCUGGACAAGGAUGGUGACUGCUUCACUUACUUGUGCCAGGCUUUUCCAGGAUUGACCAUGGAGAAGUUGAAAGCUGGCAUCUUUGACGGUCCUCAGAUCCGUCAGCUCAUCAGAGGUCCAGAGUUCGGAAACUCAAUGAACGAAGUGGAACUGGAAGCGUGGAAGGCAUUUGUUCUGGUAGUGAAGAACUUUCUGGGCAACAAUAAGGCCAGAAACUACGCAGAACUUGUCAACAACAUGCUGACUGCUUUCAGACACCUGGGCUGCAACAUGAGCGUCAAGAUGCACUAUCUAUUUUCACAUAUGGACCGGUUUCCUGAGAACCUGGGUUCAAUGAGUGACGAGGAAGGGGAGAGAUUCCAUCAGGACAUGAAAGAGAUGGAGACCAGGUAUCAGGGUCGCUGGGACGCAGUCAUGAUGGCUGACUACUGUUGGACUCUGAAGAGAGACCUCCCUGCCACUGAGCAUUCCAGGAGUUCCAAGAAAUGGAAGUUCAAGCCCUGAAGUUUGAAAAAUGGUGAAGGAACAUGCAGUUUACGUGUACUUACCUUUAUCAAUGACCACCAUUCGACUUCCGAUUUCCGCCGCGGAUAGAAAGGGAGCGUGGAAAGCCUCGUCGGGGUUUUCCGAACAACACAGGGGCUUGGGGGAGUUGCAAAGGCACUGCACCCCCCAAAAAUCUCAAGGGGGAUACCCUUGAGGGAUGGCUAACCGGCAGCGCGGAAGCGGUCCGGCCGUUUUUUCGGGGUUUUUUUCUUGAAGAGCUCGAAGACGACGGGAUUGCAAGCACAAGAGGAAGGAACCGACCCUGUGUUGCGAUGUCUCCGGCUCUCGCUAGAGAAAGCGGCGAAUCUCCAAAAAUUUAAGAACGGACCCUUAGUGUGA